AUGUGGAGGGAUGAGAGGCUACUCAACCACUUCAAAAAAAAUCUACAGCCCACCUUGACCUACUGGAGUGUGUUCUUCAGUUUUGGUCUGUGCAUUGCCUUCCUGGGACCCACCUUGCUGGACCUGAGAUGCCAGACACACAGCAGCCUGCAGGAGAUCACCUGGGUCUUCUUCUCUCAACAGUUUUGCAUUCUGGUGGGGAGCUCUAUGGGGGGUGUUUUCAAGAAGACGUGAGUAUUUUUAAUUUUCCCCUCCCUACUCUCCGUCCAUCUAGCAAUGCUUCACAAUGGGUUUCUUCCUCAAUAGACAGGCUGAGACUUUAUAAUCAUUCAGAGAUGGUCACGGAACCCCACACUCACUUGACACACAACACAUACACAUGUUUCUCAAAUCACUAUCUAUGUGUUCCGAUCAAAUUAACUAAAUAUGAAACAAUUUAUAUUUUUGAGAGGCAAAGCAGGGGGAAAUUUAGUUGCAAAUUAUUAACUGUCAAGACAUUAUAUUGGUUUUCAUGGCGAUUGCUCCUUAUUUAGCUCUGACUCUGAAUAGCACCUGAUUUUUUCCUUGAGGAAUGUCCCCCAUAUAGCUUAUGGAACCCUCCAUAUUAUGUCCUGGCUCAUGAAAAUAACUUUUUUUGCCAGGCUGUACUAACUGAAAGGCAACAUAUGUCCCUACCAGAAUUCUUUUCCUGCCAUAUACAAUAUAUUUUACAUGCAUCCUUUCUAUAAUUUUCUACAGACCAAAUGUUACAGUUUUUUAUGCAUAUUUACAACUAUGUAUGUUUACUCUCAACUAGCUCCCCAAAUCAUCUAAGCUUGUUAAGAGUCCUAUAAUAAGAAGUGGAUCUUUCAAGGAUGGAAAGCGAAUCACAUCUCAAUAGAAAAAAAAUACUAAGCCAUUGUGAUAUCACAUCACAGUCACAUGGCCUUGGGGGGUAGAUAUGGUAGGGUAUGGAACUGCACAUGGCCUUGGGGUAGAUCACCUGGCUGGACCCUGUGCCUUACACUGUGUCUCACAGCCACUUCAUUUUAGAAUAAAAGAGAAAGUUUACUUUGACACAUUAUAAUACAGGUAAUUACAUAGGCAUGCGCAGCCUAUUGCAUAAGGGUGUGCACCCUAAAGCACAAACACACACGCCUCAUAUAUAUAUAUAUAUAUAUAUAUAUAUAUAUAUAUAUAUAUAUACACAUACACACACACACACACACACACACUGCUGUUUGUUGGGGGGGUGCUGUGUGUGUGUGGGCACAGUGUGUGUGUGUGAGGGCGCUGUGUGUGUGUGUGGGUACUGUUAGUGUGUGUGUAUGUGUGUGUGUAAGGGUGCUGUGUGUGAGGACACUGUGUGUGUGUGUGUGUGUAUGUGUAAGGGUGCUGUGUGUGAGGGUGCUGUGCGUGUGAGGGUACUGUGCGUGUUUGUGAGGGUGUAUGUGUAAGAGUGCUGUGUGUGUGAGGGUGCUGUUAGUGUGUGUAUGUGUGUGUGUGUGUGUGUGUGUGUGUAAGGGUGAUGUAUGUGUGAGGGUGAUGCAUGUGUAAGGGUGAUGUGUGUGUGUGGGUGCUGUUAGUGUGUGCUUUGUAAGGGUGCUGUGUGUGUGUGGGUGCUGUUGGUGUGUAUUGUGUGGGUUUGGGGGAACCGUUUAAGAAAUAUCCCCCCCUCCCUUCUUACCUUUUGUAGGGAGGGGGGACCGUGCUGCUGUCAUCCAUGGUGGCCCAGUGGUGAGUGAACUCUAGCCUGCGGGGCUAGAGUUCACUCUCACGAAAUCUGAGCGUUGCUGUGGCUGCUGGCUAAAGCUCUCCGGGUCCUCUCCUGCCUCCCUCUCUGCCUGUGGGCCGGUGAGGGAGAUCUCUGAUCUCCCUCAUCGGCCCAUGGAGGCACAUAGCACGGGCCGCAGGGAUUAGGGUGUGCCCAGGCACACCCGGCACACCCUGUGUGCACGCCUAUGGGUAAAUAGAGCAAUUAAUAAUAAUAACUGCCCCCUCUAAAAUUAUACUCUGACAAGCUAUUGCUAUUGGAAGUUGUGGAGUUGGAGGGCUGCCCAGGCCUGUAACCCUGAGUUGGGUCCUGAAAAGCCCCAGAUCUAAUAUUGACAUCAUUUAUUUUUUAUUUUUUAUACUUCUUUAUUUUUCAAAAUAUUAACCCCUUAGUGACCAGGCUGUUUUUCAAUUUUCUUACUGUUAAGGAACAGGGCUGUUUUUACAUUUCUGUGUUUAGCUGUAAUUUUCAUCUUACUCAUUUACUGUACCCACACAUAUUAUAUACUGUUUUUCUUGCCAUUAAAUGGUCUUUAUAACGAUACCAUUAUAUUCAUCAUAUCGUUUAAUUUACUAUAAAAAAAUUCUAACAUAUGAUGAAAAAAUAAAAAAAACACUUUUUCGAACUUUGACCCCCAAAAUCUGUAAUGCAUUUACUACCGCCAGUAACACCCAUGCUAAAUAGUUUCUUAAUUUUGUCCUGAGUUUUAUGAAUACCCAAUGUUAACAUGCCCUUAGCUUUUUUUUUUUUGCAAGUUAUAGGACUAUAAGUACAAGUAGGACAUUGCUGUUUCAAAAUAUAGAUUUUUUAAAUUUAUCAAUAGUGACAUUGUAACACUGUUAUCUGUCAUACAUCUCUGAAUCACACCUCACAUGUACAUAUUUUUUUAAAGUAGACAACCCAGGGUAUUCAAUGUGGGGUAUGUCCAGUCUUUUUUAGUAGCCACUUAGUCACAAACACUGGCCAACAUUUUUAUUUUUUAAAUUUAUUUAUUUAUUUUAUUUUUAUUGAGUGCCUCCACCCCUCGAGGCAACCCAGAAGUGAUUGCUCCGGGGGAGCAAUCACCCCGUGGACCGGCAGUGCAGGGGGGGGAGGGAUUGCAGGAUUCCUCGAGCGCUUACAGCGCUCAAAUGUGCUGUGGACGUAUCAGGUACGUCCGAGGUCGUUAACAAGCAGUUUUUGUCAGACUUUACAAUUAUAUACAAGGUAAUAAAACAUCUUUGACUGAAAUCCUCUUUAACAGUAUUAUUAUCUCAUGAUCGGUGUUCAUAACAAUGUCAGUCGUUCGUAUCCAUUUUUCAAUUGCCCGAUAAUUUUACUAACAUGUAAGUUACUUAAUUAGGUUUAUCCGUAAGACCCCUUGUGAAUAACCCUAGAGCGCAGUGGGACAUUACAUACAUAACACUACACAAACAAAAUAAAAUCAUGGUCAUGUUUCAAGCAAUGUAUCAAUAUUAGACAACUAAGUCCUCAGGAGGAGCAAACCAGGAGACAGAGAAUUUAACAUUAUAACUACCAGCUAGUGAUGUCCCGAACUGUUGGCCGAACGGUUCGCGAACGGUUCACCACGGACUCAUCAUUGAGUAAACUUUGACCCUGUACCUCACAGUCAGCAGACACAUCCCAGCCAAUCAGCAGCAGACCCUCCCUCCCAGACCCUCCCACCUCCUGGACAGCAUCCAUUGUGAAGCUGCAUUCUUAGUGAGCUGUCAAGGAGGUGGGCUUCCUUUCCCUUUUUUUUUAUUGUCACUCUCCCAUUUAGGACUCUCUAGUCUAUUUUCAUUCUAAGUUAAAGAUUGCUCAAUUUUAUACCAUAUUUCAUCUGUAGAACUCUUUAGCUGAGUAAUAAAGACAUGAGACAGACUACAAACCUUUUGAUAUUCUUUCAAAAUAAGAACUCCAGACCACCCAGUUUGGCUUUUAGAGAUUAACGAUUCAAGCUUAUUUUGGGUUUUCCCCAGCCAUACAAAUUUAUUGAUAAGGGAUUGUGCUAAAGUCACCCAACUGUCUGGACCUGACAACGGUACGAUCCAAAAGAAAUAUAGCAAUUUCACAACUGUAACGGCACCCCUAGGCAUAACAGGGGUUAAAAGCCGUUUAGAGGAUAUUCCCUUCCAGAUAUACAGGCAGCUACUGCAGAACACCAAUCUCCCGAACUGGAAACACACGAUUGCUUCAAAUUCCUGAACUGGAACCAUACAAAAUCCUUCACGAACCAAACAGCCGAACAAGUAAAUCCAAUACCCCCAAGUACAAGACCAAGCUCCGUAUUGAGGGUUAAGCAGAGAUCUGGUUUAUUGAGGGCAGGUCUCCCACCUGGUGGACACUCCCCUAGGGGACCAGAUGGAAGACUGGGACAAUAUGGAUACAGUAGCCAAUCACAGUGGCACAAGCAUAAACACUCCCCUUUGGUGUAGAUAACCCCUCCUGUCUAUCCUGGAGAUAAUUGGGAAGUAAUCCAAUUAUCUCCAUGGAUAGAGGCUAAACUCCAUUUUGUACCUGAAGAUAAAAAUACAAUAAAAUCAAUAACUUUAAAUUCCACGAACCGAAUCCCCACAUUCAACGUAUCCCCAGAUAGCUGGGAUUUGAGCGCACAUUAUUACUGAAUGCCGCUCAGAUCAUAUGCAUACAGUUCAAUCACCAUGGAGCCAAAGUCUUUCACAUUGUCUUUUCGGUAUACGAACGGGCUGCAUGGGAUGGCUAUCUAGGGUGCGUCUAUUCAUGCCGGAAAGUACCAAACGGACCGGCGUUCGUGUGCUGGAUGGCAAAGAAGGGAGGUCGGCGGCUUCGGUGGUGUUCGUGCAAAAUAGUGUCCAUUUUCAGUUCCAUAGUGUGGAACAGCGACCUCCCAAUGUUCACCAAUUAAGCUGUGGUUAACCGCAGCUUCUGGUAGGUCAAUUGAUGGCACACGCCAGUUCCCAGGUGGUCGAUCGUUCGGUAGUUAAUUCGGUAGUUUGUGAAAUAAGUCCGUAAUGGAGGGUACGGACAGGCAAUUAACUGAAAGAUAGACAAAUGCAAUGAAAUAGAAGCAUAGUUCCAAGACAGAGAGGUCUGUCACAGCAACAAUAUAGGAUUUUACUACAUUUAUCCGAUCCCACCAUGAUAUUUCAAGAUUUUUCCAUUCGUUUAAUUUUUUUAGCUGUAUAUUUCAGAAGUGGUAAGAAAUUAAGUUCCAUUAUUUUACUAAAGUCAUUGGAAAUUUUAAUCCUCAAACAACUAAAUGAUUAAUCUGCACAACUAAAGCCAAACCCAUGCUUUAAAACCCCUACAACAACCUGGGGAAAGUUAAUAGGUAUAGAUUUAUUAAUAUUCGAUUUAUACCCUGAAUAGACUGAAAACUUAUUCAUAUAUGGCAACAAAUUGUCAAGGGAAUUCAAUGGAUUUUUAAUAGUGAGUACUACAUCAUCUGCAUACAUUAUCAGUUCAACAUAAUCAUCCUUCACCUUCAAACCUUUUAUUAGGUCGUUGUUCCUUAUUGCCACUGCUAAGGGUUCGAUUGUCAUUAAAUAUAAAAGUGGGGACAGUGGGGACCCCUGCCUCGUCCCAUUCUUUAAAGGGAAUCAGUCAGAGGCAAACCUACCCCCACCACUCUGGCCAUCGAAUAAGAAUAUAAAGCCAUUAUGGCUCUUUUUAAGUUCUCCGGUAACCCAAAUGCAUCCAAAACUGCACUCAAAAAUUCCCACCUAACCCUGUUAAACGCCUUCUCAGCGUCAAGUGACAGUAUCAGGAGGGAUAAAUUCUUCUUACAAACCAGAUCCACUAUAUCAACAAGUUGUCUGACAUUAGACACCGAUGAUCGUUUGUGAAACAAAAUGGGCGGCAAGGGAGCACUCUACUUGACUCAGCUCCCUUGCGCGCACAGCAGUGAUGCCAGAGCCGGAAUAUGACAUCACUCUGACUCUGGUAUCACUAAGAGGCAUGCAAGAGAGCUGAGCAGGAAGAUCACUGCUCCCUCGCCGCCCGCAUGCUAGCAGCUCAGCAGCCCCACUGGACCCAAGGGACUGCACGCCCAGGCGCUCAGCAGCCACUCUGGACCCCAGGGACCACACACCCAGCCCAGCAGCUCCACUGGACCACAGGGACACAGAGACUUCAUGCCAGCACUCCCAGAGGUAGGGAGGCUGGGUGAAGUAAAAUUUUCAAAAAAUUAUAAAUCGUAUGUGUGUCUGUUAGGGAGUUUGUAUGUGUGUUUGUUAGUGAGAGUGUGUAUGUGCUUGUCAGUGAGACUGUAUAUGUGUUUGUAUGUGUGUCUGUCAAAGAGUAUGUGUAUUUGUCAGUGAGAGUGUAUGUGUGUCUGAGUGUGUGUAUCUGUGUUUCAAGGUUUGUGUAUGUGUCACUGUGUGUAUCUGAGUGUGUUUGUGUAUGUCAGUAUGUGUGUUUUAGUGUGUGUGUGUAUGUGCCAGUGUAUAUCAGUGUGUCAGUGUGUGUAUCUGUGUGCCCCUAUGUGCCAGUGUGUGUGUAUCUGUCUGUCAGAUACACACACACACAGACAUUGACACACAGAUACACACCUUGACACACAGUCACACACAAUUUAUUUUUUUAUUUUUUUUACCAUGAUGUUGAUACACUAUGUCAAAGGGUUCCACAGGAAAAAUUAAUUGGAAACCCCUGGUUUAGAGACAAAACUGACUUGGUCGGAAUGAAUUAUAUCUGAUAUAACAUUAUUUAAUCUAGCAGCAAUUAUUGAAGAAUACAGAUUCACAACCACAUUCAAUAAAGAAAUGGGUCUAUCAUUUGAAAUAAGCUCUGGAUUUUUAUGUUGUUUAGGAAUGGGUAUUAUAUGAGCCUUUAACAGUUCACCUGGAAUCUUUCCGCUACUCAUAAACUCGUUAAAUGUGUUAGAUAAACUAAUACUUAUAUUUUCAUUCAGCAAUUUAUAGAUUUCAUUGCUAAAACCAUCUGGGCCUGAAGAUUUAUGAGGCUUUAAUUUCUUAAUUGCUAGAUUAAGCUCUGCUUUUGAUAUCGGCUCAUUCAUAUUGCUCAGAUGGUCUUGGGGUAUUUUAGGAAGCUUUAUUUUCUCAAAAAAAUCUUCCGGACUUGUAGGCAGGUAUCUUUCUGGUAAACUGUAGAGAUUAGAAUAAAAUUCCUGGAAGGCUUGAGCUAUCUUUGAGGGAGACAAAAUAGUGGAAUUAUCUUUAAUGAUCUUAGCAACAAUCUUUUUUGCCCUUUCUUUCUUUAACCUACUAGAAAGUAGUCUAUCUGCCUUGUUACCUUUAUAAAACCAUGAUCUUUUCAAUUUAUCUAGGGCAUCAUUGGCUUUUUGAAUCAAUAAGUCAUUGAUUUUAUCUUGGAUUAUUUUCGAUCUAUUACUCAACUCAAAACUAGGUCCCAUUUAAUGUUGUUGUUCCACCUUGUCCAAUUCAAUAUAUAAUUGGACUAAAUUUUUAGAACAUUUCAUUUUCAUUUCAUUUUAAUUAAAUGUCCCAGUAUUGUACACUUAUACGCACACCAAAUUACCGGAAGUGAUACCUCAUUAUUAAGAUUCUGUUUGAAGAAAAGAUCUGUUGUUACCUUAAUUUGACUUAAAUAAUUCAGACUUUAUUAACAAACGUUCAUUUAAACGCCAGUUAGGUCUAUCUUUAAACAUAUUAUCCUUAAUUAGAGUAAUUAUUGCAUUAUGAUCUGACCAUGGAAUAUUUAUGAUGAAUAUUUUUUUUUCAAUCCUAUAGAUAAUUCAGGUUCAGCAAUACAGCAAUAAUAAAAUCAAUCCUAGAGUAAACCUGGUGUGCAUUGGAAAAACAUUUUUCUCAGGAUAUCGUUAAAGCUCCUAGCUGAAUUUUUAAAAUACUGAUUGUUCUGAUCCCUUAAUAAACUCUUGCUAUCCAUAUCUGGAUCUAAGAUUCCAAUAAAAUCCCCCAAAUAUAUCAUUCUUCCUUGUCUAAUAGGAUCAACCUUAUCAAACAUUUUACAAAUUAAUUUUAUAGGAAAUGAAAUGAAAUUAUGUCAAUAUUUUAAUUAAAAAAAAAUAUGGACAUAAUUUUAUUGUUCACCCCAAGUCCUCUGUAAUAUUGAGAGAGAAAUCAUGCCUCCCAUUAUAUAACUGACAGUAGCAAUUUAAUGCACCAUAUUUAUAGUUAAAGGGACACUACAGUGUUAGGAAUAUAGAUGUGUAUAACACUAUACUAUCCAAGUCACUUUACCUACCUUUUUCCCAAUAACACGCUGCUCUCUCCAUGGCUGGUACCACCUCCUUGGCUGAGGUCCUCAGUCUUGAUGAUUCCAGCCAAUCCAAUGCCUUCCCAUAGGAAAGCAUUGGGAGGCUAGUGUGAAUGCACAGCUGCAUGCAGUGCUGCAUGAAUCAGAUGGUCUCUCUGAGUUUCACUCAGCUAUAUCUGCAGAAAAGCCUUUAGCAGCUGUCAGUAUAAAAAGCACUAGAGAAAUUUAAACCAUGGAAUGAAAACAACACAAUUUUUGCAGGCUUAAAACAAGAGGGGCACGGUACCCUUCCCAGGAGUCUGCAGUAUCUGGGCCAUAUUGACUGCCGGACUAUGAUGAGUAUGUUUGAUGUUCAGGUGUUUGCAAGUGGCUGAGGGAGAGAGUGUUUGCAUCACUUACACAUCCACAGAUCUACCGGAGCGCUCACUCAUGUUAUGCAGCUCAUACUGAUGGAGGUUGCAGGGAUAUAUGAUGUCACCUCUCAUGACUCCAGCAGUUUGUCUGUCAAACUCAUACAUCAUCUGCGAGGUUUGAGUGUACACACUGAAAUCUGUGAGUUUUGUGCACAAAAAAGGCCAUUCCCUUAUACAGACCAUCUCUCCCCUAUUCUGCUGAGCAUGACAUUUAUAUUAUACUGGGGAUGCAUAGGGAGCACAUCAAAGUGGGAUACAAUUUUAUAUAGAAAUUUCAGGGAUAAAACAGUAGUAGGUUGCAUUGCUGGUUCUCAAUAGUUCCUAACUAGAAUAAAACUAAGCAGGGAUGAGGUUUGCUUAAUACACUUUCCUAUGGUGUAACACAUAUCAACCCUUUUUGAAAAAUGUAUGAGUAAAAAUGAUUUUCAACAAAGUAAACACAAACUAUGUGGAAAAAGCAACACUACGCAUACUUAAAAUAGCAACUGCAAAAUCAAAUCCACGGUAUUCAUACAUUGUGUCAACAGAAUUUCUAUCAAACGUGUUGACUGAGAAAACAAAAUUUAUUUAAAAUAAGUUCCUCCCCACCUGUAAAUCAAUAAAUUCUCUCUUUUUUUUUUUUUAUUCUUAAUUUUUGCGGGUAAGCAUAAACAUCGCAUUACAUCAUGUGUUUAAAAAGCGACAGUCAAAAAGUGUACAUUUCAGCAGAAACAUCAACACAGGUAAUGUAUGAACCUAAUUUUUAAAUUAUAGUUCAAGCUUAUAUCCCUCAUAACCGAGUAAAGGGUAAAUAGUCUAUUGGCUGGAGGUUGCUGGCUACUAGCGUUACGCGCCCACCAGAUUAGUAAUAUGGGGUUGUGUCUUGGAAAAAAAUGUGCUUGAGGUGUUUGAAGGCUGAAAGAAAACGUCAUCAUUGGGGCGGUCAGUAACCUAGGACCUUAAUAAUGGUUAGCUGGUGAGUGGUUAGGCAAUCCAGGUUAGCAUCUCAAUGUGCAAUAUAAUGAUUGUGUGAUUGAGAGAAAGCUGCGCACGUCAAAUAAAGGGAGAGGGAGUAAUAACUAGGCAGAGUGACUGGCUCUCAGUUUACAGAGCCAGGCGAGAGGUUAUGAUCAAUGAUAAGGUAAAAUAAAAUUCAAACUGGAAACUAAUCUUUAAAAAGAGAAAAACAAAACAAAAAAAACAUAACCAAACAAAACAGAGUCAGCACAAAUAUCAACAGCUGCAGGUUUCAGGUAGGUGAGUUGGGCAGUCGGCACUGACACUGUUACCUUGGGUACAAACUGAUUGAUGUUUGCAACAGUCCCGGAUGGACAAGCUUUUGUUGGAAAAGCCUCCACUGGCAGGCCCAAAGACUGGGUGAAAGUUGGAACCUCGGAUAAAUGUGAUAAGAGGUGCGUCUUGCCUACUUAAUCCGCCAUCAUGUGAAAUAGAGUUCUCAUUUAUGAGAAAUAGAGUUUUCGCGGAGCAGCUGAGAGACUUGUCGAAAAUACCUCCUCCAUGUUAGUGUGCCUGGAAAAGUCCCUGUAAAAUGUCAGGUGUGCCCCAUAAGGACCCCCUGAUCAGAGUCCCGUACAAACUUGUUUAGUAUAUCUCAAGGAGCAUCCUGGGGUGCUUGAGUAGCCCUGGGGAGAGAUGAAAGCAGGAGUCAACCCCCAGUUGUUUUGCUUGUUUUGGCAGCAAUAGAGUGGCCAUGAGCCUCCAACAGUAGAGGGGCACUGGUGACCGACUCAGGCACUCCCCGAAUCCUCAUGUUUUGUGCCUUUGCCCUAUCUUCCAUAUUACCUAGUUGUGCCAUCAGGGUGGUGCAAUGCUUUUGUAGCAAUCCCAGGGCAGCAUCUGCCCCUGAGGUUCUCCUCUACUGUCCCCACACCGCUAGUAAGCGUGGAGAUUUCCCCUCUAACAAGCGCCAUGUCAGCGUGGAACAUAGCUUGAAUGACAUUCAUCAGUGCCUUUAUGUCGCUUUCAUGGAAGCUCCAGAGGUGUCUGAGGCAUUGCUCAUACCUGGAAGGUUGCUGGGCCUGGUAAGUUGGCAGGCAGGCUAUCAUCGUCCAACGACGGAGAAGUAUAGGCUGACAUCAUCUUAGAGGGUUUAGUCCAUGGGGCCAUGCGCCUAAAAAUCCUGAUAUCUCGGGAUCCUGAGCCGGGGUCUGCUCGAUACUUCUUUGCCUUCUUUCCCAUGGCACAGGGUACUCGUAGAGCUUUUUUAAGGCUUAGUAAGUGCUCCAUUUUCUCCAAGAAUCCACUAUUAGCAGGAUAUUCAUGCAGAGCUGCUGCAAGAUGCAUCUAGCUCGCUAAGGCGCUGGCUCUGCCCCUUUAAUCAAUUCUUUGAUAAAGAUUUAACUGACAGGAAGAGCAGGAAAGACAAUUUAAAGGUAGCCCUACCUCUGUCCAGCACAGCAACCACAGUACAUGCUCGUUACUGCCUAGCCAACAUUUUUAACACUAGCUAGAAUAUUAUUGGAACUUAGGUCACACACCGGAGCUUUUCCCUGCUUAGGCAAGUGUCUCCAAACACGGCAAGUCAAAACAGACAGCAUUCACAUACACACACACACAAAAUCAAAACAAAAAUAUGUAAAAUAAAGUCAUUGUUUUCUAGCUAGACAAAACUUUGUAGAUAUAUGUGAUCCAGGAAAUUUUCUGAACUACCACAAUUCUGAAUUUUACAGUUUAUUGAACUCUCUCUACAAUAAAUGCUAUUGUAGAAUUAUAUUACUUAGGGCCUAGAGCAGGGAUAGGCAACCUUCGGCACUCUAGAUGUUGUGGACCACAUCCCCCUAAUGCUCUUACACUCAUAAUGAUGGCAAAGGAUCAUGGGAGACGUAGUCCAAAACAUCUGGAGUGCUGAAGGUUGCCUAUGCCUGGCCUAGGCUAGAACAACCAGCUCUGGAGAUAAGUAAAAAUAUACUUACCUUCAUUGCAAAUUCAGCAUUCUAAUUUACUUUGGCACUUUAGGAUUCCUCUUGUUUAAGCAUCUACAAAGAAAUGGUGUUCAGGUGAUGUUCUUUUAGGAGGAACUGUAGGGGAAAUCUGAAUUACAUGCUGUGCCUUGAGUGCUGAGCAUGUAAAAAAAAAUCUGUUUGAUUUAUUUUUAAAAUAAAUAAUGCAACUCAUUGCUUACAUUUAGUUAGAUACAUUGUUGUGCAACAAUGUUUGCCCCAGUCUGGUCUUGGCUCUCUGCUUAAUAUAAUGAGGGGGGAUCAUCACCUCAUUACUGGACAUAGAGGUUAAAUUGUAGACCAUGACAGUAUGUUUUCAUUCACAUUUUAGCUGCACUGCAGAGGAUGAACCAUGGUUUUGUCCCCACAUAGCAAAUGGGUUAAUACCAAUAACGCAAUAAAAUAGCUUUUAAAAAUCUUAAAUAAAAAAUAAAAUAACACACCAAAUAGGCAGUUCAUGAUAAACCCUUCUUUUGCCAGAAGCGGAGGGGUUGACAGGUAUAGUGAGUUUCCGUGUUAAACCUGUAUUGGCUUCUAGGCUAGAGGAUUUGGUGGAAUAACGGUAAUUUUUUCUUCUGUCUCAGCAAAUGGUAGUUGUAGUCUUUGUAAAAGAAUAUGUCUCCAGUAAUUCCUGAGGUGUGUUUCACCUCUUCUGAGGUAGCACAGUAGGUAAGGAAAUCAAACAGAGUGGAUUACACACCCCAAGGUAUUUGCUGAUGUGAUUUGGAAGGUACAUGCAUUUAUUAAGCAAACACUGUAAAGGGCAAAUUUUGUAUUUAAUGUCAGAGCACGUUUACACAUGCCAUUACCUAUACUCAAUGCUGCUCUCGUCAACUUUUCUGGAAUGAUAAAAAUACAGUACUUAGUUAGGAAAGUUAAACUUAGUCUCCUAGGAUAUUGUUGUUGAAGUUACUGACUCGUUCUACCAUGGAAGAAUUUUUGGGCUGACCCAACUAGGAAUUAAACUUGAGGCACUGAGGUUUGGUUUGAUGUUACAGAUACCACAGCUGGUGCAUUAACCUAGUGAUCAAUCUUGUUAUAACCCUGUUACAAUACGUUGGGUGUCACUAUACAUAACAUUAUUACAUUACAUAUUACACUUACAUUUUGCUGAAUUGUUAUUAAUUGCUGACCUGAAAAUGCCUUUUUUGAUUUCCUGUGUAAACCAUAGCUUGUAUUUUAGUAUUCAUAUGCUGAUAUACAAAGUCAUAUACGAUGUCCAUUAAAAUAUGAUAGCCUUGUGGUAUAUUGAAUAACAAGAAAAAGGAAACUCAAAAGGCUGGAAAGUGGGAGGGGAGGAAAAGACACUCCCGUAUCCCACUGCCGAGCCUCCAGAGUAUAGAGGUCACCUGGACUGGUAAAAGGGGGUAACCCUGGAAAUUGUAGAAAAAAGGAAGAAAAAAACCCAAAAAGGGAUGUCUUAUAUAAAGACCGCCCAGAGGGUAAAUACCCAGUCCAAUCUCAAUAGUAGUGUAGUUGCCAAAAAAUAAAAAAGCCUUUAUUGAAAUCUAUUAAAAACCUGGGUAAUCAGUGAUGGACAGAAUAAUAUAGAGAGGACGGCGUGUAGUCACGCCGAAACGUACGUCGGGUUCUUCUGUGUUUUUAAAUACUCUCUUGAGCACUUUGCUCUGAGCACCUUUUCAUUUAUGUUUUUCUAGUAUGUGUGUGUAACCUGGGGCUUCAGAUGUUAUGACAGCAUUUAGAUUAGAACACCCACGAAGGUGUUUUAUAGGAGAUAGGGUAUUAGCAUAGCACUACUGUUUGGUUGGGAGUGUGUGUUUCUCCCUUUCCCUGUUCUUUCCUACUGCUUUGUUACCUGAGUUAUGUAUGGGGGUACAUAUUGCCUUCUAUCCCCUCUCCGCUUCUUGUGAGGGUUGGCUCUUGAUUAGCCUUGUUCCUACCAUACAUAUUUCUCCCUAUAUUAUUCUGUCCAUCACUGAUUACCCAGGUUUUUUAAUAGAUUUCAAUAAAGGAUUUUUUAUUUUUUGGCAACUACACUACUGUUGAGAUUGGACUGGGUAUUUACCCUCUGGGCGGUCUUGUGGUAUAUUGGUUUCUAUGACCAAGCAAGAAAAUGACCAAAGCCUGAUUAAAGGACCACUAUAGGCACCCAGACCACUUCAGCUUAAAGGACCACUCUAGGCACCCAGACCACUUCAGCUUAAAGGACCACUCUAGACACCCAGACCACUUCAGCUUAAUGAAGUGGUCUGGGUGCCAGGUCCUUCUAGGGUUAACCCAUUUUUUAAUAAACAUAGCAGUUUCAGAGAACCUGUUAUGUUUAUGAAUAGGUUAAGCCUUCCCCCAAAGCUGUCUCAUUGACAGCCACUAGAGGCGCUUGCGUGCUUCUCACUGUGAUUUUCACAGUGAGAAGACGCCAGCGUCCAUAGGAAAGCAUUGUAAAUGCUUUCCUAUGCGACCGGCUGAAUGCGCGCAGCUCUUGCCACGCGUGCACAUUCAGCCGACGGGGCGGAACGGAGGAGGAUCGGAGGAGGAGAGCUCCCCGCCCAGCGCUGGAAAAAGGUAAGUUUAAACCCAUUUCCCCCUUCCAGAGCCGGGCAGGAGGGGGACCCUGAGGGUGGGGGCACCCUCAGGGCACUAUAGUGCCAGGAAAACGAGUAUGUUUUCCUGGCACUAUAGUGGUCCUUUAAUGAAGUGGUCUGGGUGCCAGGUCUAUCUAGGAUUAACCCUUUCUGCUGUAAACAUAGCAGUUUCAGAGAAACUGCUAUGUUUACCUAUGGGUUAAUCCAGCCUCUAGUGGCUGUCUCAUUGACAGCCGCUAGAGGUGCUUCCGCGCUUCUCACUGUGAUUUUCACAGUGAGAAGACGCCAGCGUCCAUAGGAAAGCAUUGAGAAUGCUUUCCUAUGGACUGGCUGAAUGCGAGCACGGCUCCUGGAGCGCAUGCGCAUUCAGCCGAUGACGGCGAUAUGGAGGAGGAGAGGAGGAGAAGAGUCCCCCGCCCGGCACUUGAAAAAGAGGUGAAUUUAACCCCUUCAACCCCCUAGAGCCCGGCGGGAGGGGGGCCCUGAGGGUGGGGGGGACCUAGAGAUCCUAUAGUGCCAGGGAAACGAGUAUGUUUUCCUGGCACUAUAGUGGUCCUUUAAGUAAAAUAUAAAAUAAUAAGCAAAAAAAACCAAAAAAACUAAAACAACCUACAGAAAAAAGAAACAAUGAACAAACUGAUUAUUUUUAAAGAAGCCAUUGUAAGAAGAUUGUUGGUUUCUGAUCACAAUAUGUGUUGCACCUUAAUUUUUUUAUUCUGUAUUUAUUAUAUCAUUUCAGGGAAGUGACUUCACCAGCUAUGGCGCCACCCCAACCCCCCACUCGUGCGUGUUCCCCCAACCCAUACACAGCCACCAAACAUGUAUGAACACCUUGACACACAGAUACGCACACUGUCACAUACACACACAGAAACAUGCACUGGUGCAUACACACACUCAGAUACACACUGACACACAGAUACAUACAUUGAAACACACACUCAGAUACACACAGUGGCACAUACACUCAGAUACACACUCAUAUACACACACUGGCACAUACACUCAGUUAUCCACCCUGACACCCACACUCAGAUACACAAACUGGCACAUUCACACAGAAACAAGCACUGGUGCAUACACGCACUUAGAUACACACUGACACACAGAUACACACAUUGAAACACACACUCAGAUACACACAGUGGCACAUACACUCAGAUACACUCACUGAAACACACAGAUACACACACUCAAAUGCACACACUGGCACAUACAUUCAGUUACACACCCUGACACCCACACUCAGAUACACAAACUGGCACAUACACACAGAAACACACAAUGGCAUACACAGACACACACUCGAUUCCACACACUGGCACAUACACUGAGAUACACACACUGACACACAGAUACACACACACUGGCACAUACACUCAGAUACACACACUGGCUCACUCAGAUACACACAUUGACACAUACACUCAGAUACACACACUGACAUACACACAUGUAAUACUUUAUAUAUGUGCAGCCACCCUCCUGUUAGCUUAUAUAUGUGUCCAGGAGGGUGGCUUGCUUGGGGUUCUGGUCCUGGUUGAGGCUGAUAGGAGUGAGCAUGCAGCAGCAACUCACUCCAGCCUCUCCUCUGCCUCCAUGCUGUAGUAUGCUCCAGCCUCCAUCUCCCUCCAUUCCUUCUAAGUGGCUUUCUGUGAAGCAGGGAGGAAGUGACAAGCUGUCACGUCCUCCCCGCUGACUGAUAUUGGAGGGGCCUAGUCUGCUCUUAAUGGGCCGCGGCACAGACCAGGCAUUUUUUAGGGAGUAUUUGGUUGGGGGGGGGGAGCGGUGGCACAAAUCAUAUGUAAUAUAAUGAAAGUACCAUCUAGUAGGUACCAACUAGCAGAAAACAGGACCACAGUACUCCUAGCACCAUAACCACUACAGGCUGUGUAACUCAACGGUAAUCCAGUUCCAGGUAGUCUCCUUCUGGUAGCUUCAAAUCUUUUUUCUUAAAUGAUAAUCUCUGGUAUAAUCCAAUGCUUCUCCAUCAAAGAGAAGUACUGGGGACCAACUGUGCAUUUCACACAGCAACUAUCAGUCUGAUAACCAAUACAAGUGUAUUUAUGGAUUUAUACUGUUAAACAAAAGUGACAGCUUGUCAUCUGUUAAACAAUAUACACACUCCUUUGGACUCUGAAUCAGGUUUGUAAGCAGACUUUAUUGAAUCUAUGAGGUUUCAAUAGAAAAAGUUUCAGUAAGCUUUAAUAAAGUCUGCUCACAAACUUGAUUCAGAGUGCACAGGAGUUUGUCUAUUGGUUUACAGUGACUAAGAUUCGCUUGUCAUCUUGGUCUAGCUUUUCCUGUUCUGCCUGGUUUUACCACAUAGUACUGCAUGGCUUGUAAUCAAUGUACUAUUGUGUAUCUAGUCUAAAACAAUAAAAAGUGACGCACACAGUAGUGAAAGUCUUUUCACUGAUAGGAAGCCACGAGACUCUGCAGAAAUUUUGUGAAACGUUACUUUUUUAUCUUUAGUUGUAAAUCACUGGAUAUUGGGUCUCUCUGGAUUGGGGAGACUCAAUAUUAUCUUUUUUCUGUUUAUUAUUGAUUAUAAAUAGAGAGUUAUGCACGGCCAGUGCUAGUGAUGGAAUUGAAGGGAUUCUAUAGAAGUACAAAUCUGUAUUCCUAACACAAUAGUGCCCUCUGGUCCACCUCUCCCUCGUGCCCCCCCCAGUACCACAUAAAGGGUUGUAAAACGUUUUAGACACUUACCCGAUUCCAGCGCCAACUUCCCCGCCUCCUCUGAUGGGGUGGACGUAAUGCCCAGCAAGCCUCAAUGCUUUCCUAUGGGGUUUUCACUGACGCUGGAUGUCCUCAUGCACAGAAUGAGCACAUACAGUGUCGUUUACGGAGUUAAAUUUGGUUACAAUCCAGGAAUCAUCUCUAGUUGCUGUCUGAAAGGCAGGUACUAGAGGCAGUAUUAGUUCUGCAAAGUAAUCAUUACAGUUUCUCAAAAAAUAUAAAAAAGAGGCACAGGAAAGCUGCACCUAGACCACUUCAGUGCCUAUAGUGUCUCUUUAAUUGGUUUAGAACACACUGGUGCAAAUUUCCUGUGUAGGAGUGGGAUCGCAGUAUUUAAUAGAUUAAUACAUUUAACAAAACAGUUAUAACUAGAAACGAGGUAAUGAUUGCUCUGCUCUAAUGUACUAACCAUCUGAAAGAAGUCUGAAUAAGGGAUGUUACAGCUCGAAUCGAUCAGGAGUUGUAAAGCAUGAGAACAAUAUCACCGUCAAACUGAUGGAAGCAGAGUUUCUACAGUUUCCUAACAAAAGCUUCAUCAAAUGUGGAUAUCUGAACCUGGGCCAUGCUGGCAGUGCCACCAGAGAACUGGCAGAGAUAGAAGGAUGCAUUGAAACAGGAUGGAAGUAAUGUGCCCAACUAAGAAUGUCCUGGUGAUUUGAGAAGAGACAUCAUGUAUGUGUCAGAAUAAUAAACUGUUACCAUUGAAUGGGUGUUCAUCUGUGAAACCCUUCUCUACACUGCUGUUCCAUUAACUCCUGCAUGCUGACUUCUUCUUACAGCAGGCAAAAGGGUUAAUGAUGAUUCUCAUAGACUAAGGACGUCAUUCCAAUUAGGUUUGGAGACAUUGAGAAUGAAGACAGGCAUUCAGUUGCAAUGCAUUGAGUAAUGACAUCCUGGAGACUCCCUCAAAGCAAACACAUAUGGGGCCAGGAUGAGCGUAACCUCUACAGUGCUGGAUAUAUCCUAUUUAUUAUAAACUUGGCCGUGCCCUCUGUGUACCAGCUUUCCAAAAGAAGGACACGGUUCUGCAGUUUUGCUCCCUGGUGUGAAGCUAUGUAGCACUGUAUUUCUCAGCAGUAAAUCUCUCCUAUCCCCUGGCCUGGCUGUAACAUAAUGAGCUGUAUAGGCAGGUACCACACCUUGUUCUUUAUUCAUACUUUCUGUGUAGUGAAAUCAAACCUAAACAACAUUUUAAAUGACCACAGAGAAACACUUUAAAGAGAAACUAUAGUGCCUGGAAAACAAACUUGUUUUCCUGGCACUAUAGCAUCCCCUUCUGUCAAGGCUACCCUUCCUCCCCCCCGUGGUGCAGAAGGGGUUAAUAACCCCUUCCAUCACUUACCUGGGUCCAGCGCCGAUGUCCCUUGGUGCUGGCUUGGGUCCAUCUUCACUCCUUAGUAUCAGCCGGUGGGGGAGACCUAAUGUCCAUGCGCAGCAAUGGCCGUGCUCGCAUUAGGAUUUCCCCAUAGGAAAGCAUCAUUCAGUGCUUUCCUAUGGAGAUUCCAGUGACACUGGAAGCCUAGUACAAGGACGUCCAGCGUCAUUUAAGUGACCUAAAGACCCGGACGUACCUCUAGUGGCUGUCUGAGGAGUUAACCCUAGUAGGUAAUUAUUGCAGUUUAUUGAAAACUGCAAAAAUUACAUGCUCAGAGUUAAGGGUAAUAGGACUGGGUGCCUACAUUGUCCCUUUAAUUUAAGCAGUGUACCUGAAGGAAAGCAGGAGACAGUGCUGUUAUGGAAGAUGUUAGGUGACUUCAAUAUAUACUGAGAGCCAUUUAUAAAACUGAAAGAUUAACAUAAUUAAGAUUGCAGUAUUUUAUGUACAUAAACUAAUAUUUAAAGUGAUACUAUAGGCACCCAGACCACUUCAUCAAUAUGGAAUGGUCUGGAUGCUGUGUCCUUGUCUGUUUAACCAUACAAUGUAAAACAUAGCAGUUUCUGAGAAAUUGCAAUAUUUACAUUGCACGGUUAACUACACCUCUAGUGGCUCUCUUCCAGACCGCCACAAGGGGCGCUUCCUGGUGCCUAGUAUUACUCCAUGAAGUUGGACGUCCUCACGCUUUGAAUGAGUCUAACGUCUUGAAAUAUUCUCAUAGAAAAGCGCUAACUCAAUGCUUUUCUAAGGGAAAGCUUUAAUGUGUGCGCCUUGAGUAAAUAGAAAAUUAUUUUUAACCCUUAACUCAGCCAACGUGGGGGGGGACCUAAUAAGUUUGCCAGAGUACCUCUUUCUUACAAGAUUGUACCCAGCAAGUGUGCCAUGGAUUUCAAAUCACAUUCAUCAUACACACAUGCACAAAGGUCACAGGCAGCCCCCAUAAACGCAAGCAGCUACCCCACACACAUGCGGUCCAAGACACAUGCUCAUAAAGACAUACAUUCACACACAAGGAUAUUCUCGGUCAGGCACACACUUUCAUUCACAGGUAGACAAUGCUGGACACACUCAGAAUAACUGCAGUCGGAGAGCUCACAACGCAGCGGCACAGGGAGCCACGACACUGCAAGCCUCUGAACAAUGAAUACAGAGACUGCAAAUUUCAUUCUGGCGAAUUCACACAGGCAAAUUAAAACUGGUGAAUUAAAACUGGUGAAUUCAAUUCAGUAGCAAACUAUUUAAAAACUGUCUGACUCUUAACCCCUUAAGGACACAUGACGUGUGACAUGUCAUGAUUCCCUUUUAUUCCAGAAGUUUGGUCCUUAAGGGGUUAAUAGCAAGAGUACACUAAGAGACCUCUGACACCAUAACCACAGGUUAAAAUUCUUUAUUUGUUUCUCAUAAUGAACUUGUCUAUUUUGCAACAGGUUAGUCUGCACAUUAAAUGUAGUAGCAGAGGGGCGGAGCCUAACUGCGGCACUGACCGGUUGCACAUCUUCGUUCAGCACUUAACUCUCUCUCCAUGUUAAGCUGAAUAGCUUGUUUGCUAACUGGCUAGCUACACUUAUCUGUCGUCUGGACAAUGCUGCAGAGGCCCGGCGUGCACUGUGUCCGACCACUCGGCAACCCACUUCCCCGACGCAGAAAGAACCCUGCCAGAGUCCACGUAAAUGGCAGGAAAGUAGGAGAACCUAACCUGGUAGGAGGAGGCGGACCAGGCACCGGCGUGUGAACAAUCCUUGCCAAGGAACAUCAAGACACAGCGCAGGCCAGGAUAAGGCACAACCCUCGCUGGGACUGACACCACAGCUGCCUCAAUUUCACCUAAUCCAUAUUUACAACUCAAGGCAUCCCACACGGCUGGGGAUCAAACCCCGCUGGCAAAACAACAAUAGGCUGGACUGCGCUGGAAGCCUGGAGGACAUAGGUUGAGUGGGGUUAAACUAUUCUAUAAGCAAGGUUUUGUCUCCAUGCACUUUUCCCCUGAGGGACGUUACCACCGUUGACACUUACUUCCUAUCAUACUAUAACAGUCUUAUUUAAUCUUAAUGAGUCUGUAGGUUAUCCACAUGUCUAAUAUCUCUUAAAUCCCGGGCUGCAAUGUGGUGUUUGAUACAUGGUUGUGUUUGCUCUGAAUUUCACUACUGCACUAUUGCAUGCUUUCUCAUGUGUGGUCAGUCUGUUAGACUAUAAGCAUCAUGUCUAGUAUAAUAACUAUGCAAGUUCUCAACAGCCAUAAUUUUGUCUACACAUACCUAGUGGCAUAUGCCUAUUGAAAUUCUCUUCAGUUAUACAGUUCAGCAGGUUUAUAUAGCUAUGUUUACACUCUUCUUGUAUAAUACAGAGCUGUUUGCCAUGUUAACACCUAUUAAGCAAAGUCUUUAUCGUUUUACUUGUUUUAUACUUGCAUUUACGGUACUUCUACUCCUGUGACUUCUAUAUAGACAAGUAUGACUAGCCUGUUUAUUAUUAUACUGAAAAACCUGUGCCACUUUCUCAUGCCAUGUAUAUGUUCUACACUGUUAUUAUUGCUUGCUUAUGCUGUUGUGGCAUCGUAAGCUAUUGUGUUAUCUUCUGCACAGAAAAAAUAAAGAAUUAUAAAAAAAAAUAAAAAUGUAGUAGCAGAACAGCACCUUCAUGAUAAAAAGGUGUUUGUUAAACAAAUUCAGGUGGAACGUAAGAUAACAAGUCAUUUGGAAGGACAAAAAAAGGUUGAAGUUUCAAAACAACAUUACUAUGAGAUAACUUAACAAUACAAAAAGAUAUGAUACAAAACAUUAUACAUCUAUUCUAUGCAGGUCACUUAGAUUAAUAAAAUUAUUAAACUAAAGUUCAGAGCCAGUUGCGUCACCAUAUUGUAUUUCCAGUCAAUUUAGCAUACCUAAAGUUUGGCGUGAAACUUCAAUGAAAGUCCUAUUAACAACAACUUCUUUGGUAGUUAAAGGGACACUCCAGGCACCCAGACAACUUCUGCCCAUUGGAGUGGUCUGGGUGCCAACUCCCACCACCCUUAACCUUGCAAGUGUAAUUAUUGCAGUUUUAUAAACUGCAAUAAUUACCUUGCAGGGUUAAGUCCUCCUCUCGUGGCUGUCUAUCAGACAGCCACUAGAGGGACUAGCGUGUUCUUAGAAGUGUUUAAAACGACACUGGACAUCGUUACGCUAUGCAUGAGGACCUCCAGCGUCGCCGGAAUUCCCAUAGGAAAGCAUUGAAUAAUUAAGUGGCACAAGUACUACACCCUGUUCCAAAUUGUUAUGCAAAUUCUAUUUAAGUGUCACAAGAUUAAAUAUUUUGUUUUUCAGUUUAACUCAUGGAUGGCAUUGUGUCUCAGGGCUCUUUUGAUCACUGAAAACAAUCUCGGACACCUGUGAUAAUUAGAUUGACAGGUGAGCCCAAUUUAAAGAAAAACUAAUAAAGGAGGGUGUUCCACAUUAUUAAGCAGCGCACCAUUUUCAUGCAAUAUGGGGAAGAAAAAGGAAUAGUUCAAUGCCUUGGACGAGGUAUGAAUACAUUACAUAUUUCACGAAAACGUAAGCGUGAUCAUCGCACUAUUAAGAGAUUUGUGGCUGAUUCAGAGCACAGACGGGUUUGUGCAAAUAAAGGCACAUUAAGGAAGAUUUCUGCCAGGUCCAUGCAUCGGAUCAAGAGAGCAGCUGCUAAAAUAACAUUACAUAGCAGCAAACAGAUAUUUAAAGCUGCUGGUGCCUCUGGAGUCCCACUGACAUCAAGGUGUAGAGUCCUCCAGAGUCUUGCAACUGUGCAUAAACCUUCUAUUCGGACACCACUAACCAAUGCUCACAAGCAGAAAUGGCUGCAUUGGGCAGAAAAAUACAUGAAGACUAAUUUUCAAACAGUCCUGUUCACUGAUGAGUGCCGUGCAACCCUGGAUGGUCCAGAUGGAUGGAGUAGUGGAUGGUUGGUGGACGGCCACCCUGUUCCAACAAGGCUGCACGUCAGCAAGGCUGUGGUGGAGUCAUGUUUUGGGCCAGAAUCAUGGGAAGAGAGCUGGUCGGCCCCUUUAGGGUCCCCGAAGGUGUAAAGAUGACCUCUGCAAAGUAUGUGGAGUUUCUGACUGACCACUUUCUUCCCUGGUACAGAAGGAAGAACUAUGCUUUCCGUAAUAAAAUCAUCUUCAUGCAUGACAAUGCACCAUCUCAUGCUGCAAAGAAUACCUCUGCAUCAAUGGCUGCUAUGAGGAUAAAAGGAGAGAAUGUCAUGGUGUGGCCUCCAUCCUCCCCUGACCUCAAUCCUAUUGAGAACCUUUGGUGCAUCCUCAAGCAAAAGAUCUAUGAGUGUGGGAGGCAGUUUACAUCCAAACAGCAGCUCUGGGAGGCUAUUCUGACAUCUUGCAAACAAAUUCAAGCAGAAACUGUCCAACAACUCACAAGUUCAAUGGAUGCAAGUCUUGUGAAGCUGCUAUCAACUAAGGGGUCCUAUGUUAAAAUGUAACGUGACCUGUUAAAAUGUUUAAAAAAUUCAAAUGUUGUUAUAAGUUUGAUUGAAAUAGCUUUUGAUUUCAGUAAAUAUGCUGCAAACACAGCAAAUGACAAUUUCAGUUCUUUACAACCUAUAAAGUGUUUUGAAACUUAUUGUGUGUAAUAAUUUGGAACAGUGCAUGCUAAGUUUUUUAUGUAAAAAAAAAAUACUGUUAUAAGGAGGUUUGUUCAAUAAAAUUUGAAUUGUACUCUUAAUAGUUGAUAACAUGAGAAUUAUGCUGACUGUUAUUUACAUCAAUUAUUUAGGUAAAUGAGAAAAAUAUCAUUUGCAUAAUAAUUUGGAACAGGGUGUAAGUCUUGUUACUAACUAAUUAUAUAUACCCUGAUAUUCCCAGAUACAAUUAGCUAGUACCUCCUGCUUAAUUGUUGCCACCCAGUUAGUCAGUUUCCCCCUGGACAACUAGGUAAGGGAGAGCAUGACUGCUAAAAAGUGAAACAAAUGUUGCAAAGUGAGGGGUUUUGUGGAGAAGGAGAGGGAGGAGACUUACCAGUCAGCAGGAUCAGUUGAGGGCCCCUGACAGUUUUCCUGGCUGUCUGUACCCUGUGAAAUAAGCAAACAUCACUCAUUAGCUCACUUAUGUUCCCAGCAGUUUUCCCCUUUCUCACACUUGCUGUCACUUUCUCACUUGUUCUUACCCUGUUCUCAUGGCUACAAGGAUUACCCCAGAGCCUGAGCUGCAGAGACUCCUGCAGUCCUACCUUGGAUGCGGGUGUGAGGACUGUGGCUGCCCGGCGGUGGAUGUGGAGACCGGUCGAAGCGACGGACCUGGUGGAUGGAGGGCCAGGAGAUUGAGGCCUCCGUCGCGCUUAUCCCCCAGCCUGGUGAGGCAAGGAGAUCGGGGAGGUGGAUGAAUCGGGAUGGCAGUGGUGGCCCGGCCGUGACCACAGAGCGGCCAUCGGUGUCCAGGGGCCUACGGAGUCAGUUUGGAGAGGUCGGUGAGGAGUAGGCCCAAGAUGGCGUCGGGAGCAAUGGCGGAGGCCCAGCAGGAAGAUUGCACGCUUCUGUUCCAUUUCAGCAGAAAGUGAAGUAAUCGCGCACGCCAUGCAACAUGCGCACAUCAGACGUCAACGUCAUCGCGCAAGGCGAGUACGUGACGUCGAAGAAGAGCACUCCUGUCACAGGCCUUGAGUUCUACUUUGGAUUUGACUGCGGUCAGAAGGAGGAGCUCCAGGAUCGGAUCACGGUCAGGCUUGGCGGCCGGCUGCGGAUCAGCACUGACCGCUCCAGUGUCAGACAGCUUGAUUCUGGUUUGGAUGAGUCCACGGGGGUUCCUGCUCAGCACUGGCUGAGGUCAGGGGAGGUGGUGAGUGUUCCCUGGGUAGUGGAGGGUUGCAGAGUCAGGAGGUUUUGAGCUUUCGGAGGGCUAUAUUGGAUAGGCUUCCUGGGGUUGGUCCUCUCUGUUCUUCUGCUCCUUCCCCACUUUCUGCUCAGUCCCUGAGCCAGAAUAGGAGUAUGGAGGGUGUGCUCCCAAGGGGUGUGCGUCUGUGCUUGCUGGGCUGCGAAUUGUCCCCAUUAGGGAUGUAUGUGUCGCUGGACAUCAGGGACAAAAUUAUAAAAGGUGAGUAUGUGGAUUUUCUGUCCCUGGUUCCCCCAGAUAGGGAAUUGGUGGAUAGGCCGCGCCGGGGGGACAUGGCGGAUGUGGAAAAAGGUAAGCAGCUGCUGCGUAGCUUUGGCAACUGGCUGCAGGGGUUCUCCAUUUUUGCAAGCAUUAUAACGUAGAGUUUUCCAGAGAAGGCACCAGCGUUGUUCGGGUACUUAGACCUGAUUUGGGGGACGAAUAAGGUAUAUGGGGGUCAAUGCUGGUUUAAGUAUGACCAGCAAUUUCGCCAGAAACUGGCAGUGAGUCCAGGCAUGACUUUUGGGAUCCAGGACGGGAGCUGUUAAUGACUCCCAGUUGGCCAACCCGGUUUCCAUUGCGCCUGCUGGGCAGAGCAAAGGGGUUUGCUGGCUCUUUAACGAGAGCCACUGCAGGUGGUAUGGAUCCUGCAGAUUUAAACACGAAUGUGCUGAUACCAUUUGUUCAGUCGGAUUCCCCGUCGUUUGCGAGAAAUUUGUGCUUGGUGGUUGGCAAAGAAUCGAUUCUGGAGGAUAAGCUUAGGAAGGAAGUUCUAUUAGGUCAGCUGGCUGGGCCGUUCGACUCGUUGCCCUCUCCUAAUUUAAGGGUCUCUCCCCUUGGGCUGGUGCCUAAGAAGGAUCUGGGGGUGUUUCGCCUCAUUCAUCACCUGUCCUACCCGUCGGGCAGGUCGGAGGAUGAUGCUAUUAAUAAGGAGGUGUCUUGGGUCCGAUACGCCUCCUUUGAUUGGGCACUUGAGUUGGUGCGGGAGGCUGGGAUGGGAGCAGAGAUGGCCAAGUCGAACAUUGAGUCCGAUUUUCGGUUGCUCCCGGUCCACCCUGACUGCUUCACUUGCUGGGAUGCCACUUUCAGGGCUCGUUCUUUUUUGAAAAUUCUCUUCAGUUAUACAGUUCAGCAGGUUUAUAUAGCUAUGCUUUUUUGAUAUGUGUUUGCCAAUGGGUUGCGUUAUUUCAUGUUCAUAUUUUGAAAUGUUUACGUCGUUUCUCAAAUGGGUGAUUUCUCAGGUGUCGGGCCUGUUGUCACUGACUCACUAUCUGGACAAUUUUUUUUUAUUUGUGGGUCCCGGGAGUCAGAGGACUGCGAGGAGCUCUUAAAGUCUUUUCGUCAGGUCGUGUCGGACUUUGGAGUUUCGGUGGCGAGGGAAAAACCAUGUUAGUGUUCUGUCGUAUCUGGGAAUAUAAGUGGACUCUCAGGUCAUGGUUUUUCGUCUUCUGGAGGAGAAACUGGUCCACUUGCUUCGUCUGGUGGUCUUGGUUAAAGGAGCUAAGAAAGUGCAACUUCGUUAGUUGCAGGUCUUGUUUAGGGCAUUUGAAUUUUGCAUGCCGAGUUUUAUCCAUGGUCAGGGCGUUUUGUCAGCGGCUGUCCUUUUCGAUGGUUGGGGUCAAGCAGCCUUUUUAUUUUAUCCAUAUCACCUGACGACAUUGUGAAGAUCUACAGGUAUGGAGUUCAUUUUUGGGUAGGUAUAAUGGACAAUCGUGCUGGUUAUGCCCCGCAGUGUCCAAUGGGGACUUGGAUUUGUACACUGAUGCGUCAGGUUAGGUGGGCUUCGGUGCCUACUUUCAAGAACAGUGGUGCACGGAGGCUUGGCCGCGUUAUUGGCAGGAUAUUGACUCCCAGUUGGCCAACCCGGUUUCCAUUGCGCCUGCUGGGCAGAUCAAAGGGGUUUGCUGGCUCUUUAACGAGAGCCACUGCAGGUGGUAUGGAUCCUGCAGAUUUAAACACGAAUGUGCUGAUACCAUUUGUUCAGUCGGAUUCCCCGUCGUUUGCGAGAAAUUUGCGCUUGGUGGUUGGCAAAGAAUCGAUUCUGGAGGAUAAGCUUAGGAAGGAAGUUCUAUUAGGUCGGCUGGCUUUCGACUUUGCCCUCUCCUAAUUUAAGGGUACGGUAUGGGUGAAGGUGCUCGACUGACUCACUAUCUGGACAAUUUUUUUUUAUUUGUGGGUCCCGGGAGUCAGAGGACUGCGAGGAGCUCUUAAAGUCUUUUCGUCAGGUCAUGUCGGAUUUUGGAGUUUCGGGGCGAGGGAAAAACCAUGUUAGGAUUCUGUCGUAUCUGGGAAUAUAAGUGGACUCUCAGGUCAUGGUUUUUCGUCUUCUGGAGGAGAAACUGGUCCACUUGCUUCGUCUGGUGGUCUUGGUUAAAGGAGCUAAGAAAGUGCAACUUCGUUAGUUGCAGGUCUUGUUAGGGCAUUUGAAUUUUGCAUGUCGAGUUUUAUCCAUGGUCAGGGCGUUUUGUCAGCGGCUGUCCUUUUCGAUGGUUGGGGUCAAGCAGCCUUUUUAUUUUAUCCAUAUCACCCGACGACAUUGUGAAGAUCUACAGGUAUGGAGUUCCUUUUUGGGUAGGUAUAAUGGACAAUCGUGCUGGUUAUGCCCCGCAGUGUCCAAUGGGGACUUGGAUUUGUACACUGAUGCGUCAGGUUAGGUGGGCUUUGGUGCCUACUUUCAAGAACAGUGGUGCACGGAGGCUUGGCCGCGUUAUUGGCAGGAUAGUGACUCCCAGUUGGCCAACCCGGUUUCCAUUGCGCCUGCUGGGCAGAGCAAAGGGGUUUGCUGGCUCUUUAACGAGAGCCACUGCAGGUGGUAUGGAUCCUGCAGAUUUAAACACGAAUGUGCUGAUACCAUUUGUUCAGUCGGAUUCCCCGUCGUUUGCGAGAAAUUUGCGCUUGGUGGUUGGCAAAGAAUCGAUUCUGGAGGAUAAGCUUAGGAAGGAAGUUCUAUUAGGUCGGCUGGCUGGGCCGUUCGACUCGUUGCCCUCUCCUAAUUUAAGGGUCUCUCCCCUUGGGCUAGUACCUAAGAAGGAUCUGGGGGUGUUUCGCCUCAUUCAUCACCUGUCCUACCCGUCGGGCAGGUCGGAGGAUGAUGCUAUUAAUAAGGAGGUGUCUUGGGUCCGAUACGCCUCCUUUGAUUGGGCACUUGAGUUGGUGCGGGAGGCUGGGAUGGGAGCAGAGAUGGCCAAGUCGAACAUUGAGUCUGAUUUUCGGUUGCUCCCGGUCCACCCUGACUGCUUCACUUGCUGGGAUGCCACUUUCAGGGCUUGUUCUUUUUUGAAAAUUCUCUUCAGUUAUACAGUUCAGCAGGUUUAUAUAGCUAUGCUUUUUUGAUAUGUGUUUGCCAAUGGGUUGCGUUAUUUCAUGUUCAUAUUUUGAAAUGUUUACGUCGUUUCUCAAAUGGGUGAUUUCUCAGGUGUCGUGCCUGUUGUCACUGACUCACUAUCUGGACAAUUUUUUUUUAUUUGUGGGUCCCGGGAGUCAGAGGACUGCGAGGAGCUCUUAAAGUCUUUUCGUCAGGUCGUGUCGGAUUUUGGAGUUUCGGGGCGAGGGAAAAACCAUGUUAGGAUUCUGUCGUAUCUGGGAAUAUAAGUGGACUCUCAGGUCAUGGUUUUUCGUCUUCUGGAGGAGAAACUGGUCCACUUGCUUCGUCUGGUGGUCUUGGUUAAAGGAGCUAAGAAAGUGCAACUUCGUUAGUUGCAGGUCUUGUUAGGGCAUUUGAAUUUUGCAUGUCGAGUUUUAUCCAUGGUCAGGGCGUUUUGUCAGCGGCUGUCCUUUUCGAUGGUUGGGGUCAAGCAGCCUUUUUAUUUUAUCCAUAUCACCCGACGACAUUGUGAAGAUCUACAGGUAUGGAGUUCCUUUUUGGGUAGGUAUAAUGGACAAUCGUGCUGGUUAUGCCCCGCAGUGUCCAAUGGGGACUUGGAUUUGUACACUGAUGCGUCAGGUUAGGUGGGCUUCGGUGCCUACUUUCAAGAACAGUGGUGCACGGAGGCUUGGCCGCGUUAUUGGCAGGAUAGUGACUUGUUAUGCAAUUUAACGUUCCUGGAACCUUUUUCCCAUAGUAGUGGCAGUUAAGCUAUGGAGUAGGGAGUUUGCCAAUCACAUGGACAACAUAAGCGUGGUUCAUGUGUACAACCACUCCACGUCUGCGUCUUCUCUCAUGUUGGCACUUCUUAGGCGCUUGGUAUUGCUUAGUUUGUCAAAAAAUGUGUGGAUUGUGGCGUGUCAUGUCCCUGGGGUCUUGAAUGUUAUAGCCGACUCUCUUUCUCGGUUUCACCGGUUUUGAGAGGCGGGUCCGGAGUCAACGCAGAUAGGAACUUCUUGCCUGACAGAUUUAUGGGACCUGGUUUCCGACAUUUGAGGCGUUUGGUGCAGGGGUCCUUAGCAGAGUGUUUGUUGAAGUCCUUUGCAGCUGUGUGGCGUUAGUGGUGAUAUAUCAGUGCUUACAGGGAUAUUUCCUUCGAUGCAGGUAGGUUGGAGGUGACACUGGCCCUAUUGGAAUCACUUUGAGCUUCAGGUAAGUCCGCCUCUUUGGCCGAAAGGCCCUUGGCAGCUCUGUCCUUUUUAUUUCAGUGGUUCAGGUGGCAGGACGUGACAAAGGCUUUUUGUGUGACUCGGGUGCUGAAGGUUUGGAAAAAAGGUCACAGGCCCGACUCUUGUCGAUCCAUGGAAACAAACUUCCGAGUAGGUCCUUUCCGUUAGGUCUUCCCAUUGUCUUUGAAAGGCAUUCCUCCUAGUGUGGUCUUCUGUGAUCAGUUGCUGGUAUAUGUUUGACACUUUGCCUUGUACUUCUGUGUCAGUGAUGCAGAGAUGUUCGAACCACGUAGUUUCCCUGUGUACCUCCUCUCUGUUGGGCAUGUUGUGAUAGAAGUGUCUCAAUUGUGCAUAAUGGUAUCUAUGCAUCAUCGUCUGCUGAUCUGUAGUCGACCAUUCUCAUAGACUUCGCAGUCCUGUGUUGUUCAGUACCACUUUCAGAGGGAUAAAAUUUCCUUCAGGUGCCAUGGGCCAUGCAGACGUCUGCAGUCCUCCUCCAAGCGCUUUGUUGUGUGUCAGCGGGAUUAAGGGGCUCGGUUGGGGGGGAUAUGUGUUGUUUCUUCCUCAGGUCUGACCAUGGUUUCAGCGUCUGUACAAUGGGGGAUUCGUUACCCAGAUGUUGUUUAACGUCUGCUGAACCUUGCCAUAUGUACGUGUGUAGAGCCUUAUUCGUACUCUCUGUGUCUAGGGUUGCCCAUGGUUUGGUCGCCAUUGCCGCGUGCCAUUCCCAGAUUCGUUGGAGUACAGUUGCAUAAUAGUAUUUGCGGAGGUCUGGCAGUACUAGCCCGCCCCACAUUUUUGGGAAGCAUAGCUUGUCAUAGCGGAGGCUUGCUUUCUCUCCUUUCCAGACAUAUUUUAUUACCGCCGUUUUAAGUGUCGCAAAGAUGUCCGGCGGUAUGUGCCAGGGAAUGGUGCUGAAGUAGUAUAAUAGCCGCGGCAGGAUGUUCAUUUUGAUUAUCGCUAUGCGUCCUUGCCAGGAGAUAUAGUCGUAGUUCCAUUUCAUUAGGUCCGUCAGGAUUGUACGUAGGAGGGGAGUAUACGUAGGAGGGGAGUUCCUGCUAUAUAGUUCUUUCAGGUUACUUGGUAUCCAGAUUCCCAGGUAGCGCAUUUGCUCUGUACACCAGUGGAAAGGGUAUCUGCGUCGGAUUUCGUCCCAUACGGCCGUUGGUGAUGCAAGAUUUAGAAUUUCGCAUUUUGACAGGUUUAAUUUCAAACCUGAUAUCUGUCCGUAUGUCUCAAAUUCUUGUUGCGAUGUUGUACAGGGAUUGGUAGUACUUGCGGAAUUCUUCAGCUAUUUCUUCUGGGAAUUGUGUGAGGGUGCCUUUGGUUGUUCUCAGUUCAUGUACUUGUGCUCUGGCCUGUUGGUUCCGAAUCAUGCGAGCUAGUAGUCUUCCGCCUUUGUUGGCAUGGAUGUAGUAGAAGGCUCUGGUUCUCUGGGUCGCCCUGUGGUGUCUACGGGCCACCAACUCUGCCACCUGGCUUCUGGCUUCUAAUAGAGCGCGAUAUUGUGCCUCCAGUUGUGUUCGUUUAUGGAGCGUUUCUAGUUGCGUUAUGCGGUUGGUAAGUUCCUUUAGGCGUUGUUGUGCUUCUUUCUUUUUUCGAGACGCUAUUCUUAUAAAGUGUCCCCUGAGCACAGUCUUACGGGCUUCACAUAGCGUCACCUUUGAUACGUCCUCUAUGUUGUUCUCAUUAAAGUAGUUGUUGAGGUGUUCCGUUAAUUGCGUCUGUACCUCUAGACCUAUUUUUAAUUCAAUCAUUGACGACACAGGUUAAGUUAUGAUGUUUUCUAAAUCCAUAUGCACAGCAUCACAAAUACCUGCAAAUACCAUUUAAUUCAUUGAUUUUUUAAAUCUAUGAAUUCACAAUGUUUACAUAAAUUUUAUGCUCUCUUACAGAAUAAGAUUUGUUGUGUUCCUCCUUCUAGUAAACACUAAAUAAAAUAAUAACAGUGAUAAAUACUGAAGUGUAUAGUGUUAAGGUGAUUUAGACAUCUUAUACUUAAUAGGUGUUUAGAUUUAGGAGGAGUAAGCUGAGGGUUAUUAUAAGCAAACCCAAAGUAAACCAGUCCCCUAUUCAUAUGUAAAACACACAGCUCAAGUUUUCCAAUUACAUACAGCAUGCAUAGGGACGUCAUCUGUGCAAUUAUUCUCUGCAAUGUACGGGUUAUGAUGCAGAUAUAACAUCUGUGCAAUGUAGGUUCAUACAGACAUACAUAUAUACAUACAUGUCCAUGUUAGACCAAAAUUAUUUGUAGUUACACUCAUCAGCAACAGCUGUUCCUAUUUUAAAGGCAGAAACUGAAUGAGCGUGUAAUCAGAACUGUAACUCCUUCUAAUCUCUGUAAUUUAUAAAUUUCACUGCUGCCCAUGAGUUGCAUUGGGAAGUCAGUGAUUGGACAGCCACAGAAAGUCUGGGUGGGGUUAGAAGGGGAGGGCUUGCAAAGGCUGCAGACAAGAGAACUGCAGGUUUUGCACGCUGUUUUUAGAUAUUAACCAACUGAAAAAAAAUGCUAGAUUAAAUGUAUGCUUGUUUUCAUUAGAGGUAUAGCUACUAAACAGUGAUUUAUUUUAUUUGUUUAUUUUAAUUUGGGAGGUGAAGUGUCCCUUAAAGUGCUGAUUAUUGAAGUAAGAGGCCACUUCAAUAAUGCACUGGAGAAGCCUGGUUGCCAGCCUUCUGCCAUGUGACUAUGGCCCCUGGGAUGUAUUGCCCUUUAAAGACAUGAUUUGGGCAUAAUGGAUUUGUGUUGUGCUGCUGCUGGCCCUUUAAGAACCAUCUGGGGACAUACUGUGGAGUUACUGGGUGGCCACCAUUUCCUGUAUCAGAAGCACAUGGUGAGAACAAUGGAUGGUGGCCAUUUUAACUCCCAGACACUGUUUGGACUUUUCAACACGGUGCCAUCUCGCCAGUAUUUGGUGCACAGAGACAUCGUGCAGUGGUUUUGGACUAUACAGCAGGGGACACAUUAUACAGUGAUUGUUUUUCAUUUAGCCUGUAUAUGUUCUGCAGAAUCUGCAUUAAACUGUAUUUUCCAAAGUACUGAACGGAUCUGGGUGAAUUUUGGAUAUGUGGUUCACCCAGAUCCCCCGGUUCCAAGGAUAUGCUUUUAUGGGGUUAUUGCAUGUUUUGGGGUCCCUGUGAUGUGUUUUAUGAAACUGUAUUUCUCUGGCUGUGAUAAUUAGAUUACCAUUGUGUAAGUAAUUGUAUUACAGCAGAGGGGAGGAUUUUGUGUGGGAGUGUCUUUCUGUAAUGUACGUGUGUUAUUGGUUGUUCUGUAAAACCCUGUGGGCAGUACUAAGUUUGUGGAUUGGGAAUAAAAGAGGCUGUAUGUGCCAGUCCAGUGAGUUCCUGUUUUAACCCUCAAAGUGAAGUGUCGUCUCAUUAUUGGGGGAAGGAUUUAUUGUAUGCUGUUCCAGUUUGACUGCUAGGAGAGUAAACCUAUUCAUAUGGUUCCUAUUCAACUGUCUACAGCAUUCAUAUGCUUGGGAGAAUUUAUUUGUUUCUCCGGUUCAGUGAUUGUGGUGUCUGCCAGAGUGCUUGGAGUCCUCAGGAAACGCUAGGAGCAUCCUUCAACGGAGGUACCCAGUCGGGGUGCCAGGUGAUCCGUUACAUUGGUGGCAAGCGGUGGGAUGGCGUCCUAGUGCGAGGUAAAGCAGCUCAGAGACACAGUUCAUGGAUUUACAAAUUGAAGGCGACGCUAGUGUUCAUACAGCGUCCCUGUCUACAUAAAGAUUUGGGAAAACCAGCACUACUUCAGCGAUGGAAGGCCGUGCAGUAUCUCACUUUGACGCCAGGCUCCAGCAGCGACUACAGGAUGUGAUGCGCAGUAUGGAGUAUCCUAUCCCAGAGGAAAGAGAGACAGAGUGGAGGGUGGUGCUUCGUACCGAUCUCUGGAAGGAGGACAUCAACGAAAUUCGACCCUUCCGGUGCGAGGAAAUCCUGACCACUAACCAGCGCCAAGCAGAACAACUAGAGCUGCGGAUGCCGUUAUUGGGAAACCAGCCCUCAGAGGAAUGGGUAAGCGAACUGGAGACGCUAGUUGAGACUGAGGUGUGGCUGGAUGAUUCCUAUCGGGCCCUGCGGUGGCAUGUUUACCACCUCUACCCAUGGCUGAUUGAGUACAAGUGUAUUGAGGGGGAAGACUACGAUGGCCCUGGUUUGUUGUGGGAUACUAUUGAAACUAGUCUCUGGUUCGGAGACACCGACAUUGCUCACUUCUGGUCCAUCCGAGCUGAGCGGGCAGACAACUGGCACCUUACAGAGAUCGAUGCCAUUCAGCCAGAUCUAUCUUUUCUUGCCAACCGAGAGUGGGAACUAGAACAGGAUUAUGUUUGCCUAUUCCAACGUAUAACGCCGCCUGUCUCUGACAUGAUGGGGCUUAUUGACUGUAUACCACUGGAAGCAUUGAGUUUAGUUCCUCCUCCCCAGCAACCAAGCCUGUUAUCAGGAGACCUUGGUACUGUACCACAUAUGUCCCAACCAGCCCCAGAGAUGGAAGACCUUAUUGACUUGUCCUGGGAAGACACCCAGCUGGCAGGUGGAGAUGGGACCGAGGUCUCUCUACAGGCCCUACAGGGAUGCUGGGCAGUCAGCCCAGAUCCCCAGCGGCAGUAUGUAUCCCAGGGAGCUGAAGGUGCCGUACUUCCUCCCCAGCGGCAGUGUGUCCUGCAGGAAGCUGAGACAGUCGGUCUCGCUCCCCAGCAGCAGGACAAUAUAUUAAAAGGGGAGACAGUUGGUCCCCCUCUCCAACAGCAGAGAGUGUUCCAGGGAGAGGAACCAGUUAUCACCUCUCCCCAGCAACAGGACAAAUUAUUGAAAGGGGAGACAGUCGGUCUCCCCCUCCAACAGCAGAGAGAGUGUCAGGGAGAGGAGCUUGUUAUCCCCUCUCCUCAGCGGCUGAAAGUAUGUAUGGGAGAGGAGCUUGUUACCCCCUCUCCCCAGCAGCAGCUUAGCCCACCAAGGGGAGACAGUAAUCUCCACAACAGUGCAGAUGGGACAGUGGUCUCUGCACAUGCACCACCGGGGGUAGGGACAGUCGGUCCUGUCCCCCAGCAGCAGGACUGUUUAGGCAAAGGGGAGACAGUCAGUCUCCCCCUCCAGUAACCAGGCUCCAACCAGACUACUCCCGUGGUAGUGCUGGCACCAGGACAGAGUACCGCUGGUCUCUGCCCACUCAGCAACCCACCCAGUACGCUUACCAGUCACCCACACAGCCAUGGUGAGGCACCUGGACACGGACAAAGUUCUCCUCUACCCAGGUGUAGGACUUUUCAACACGGUGCCAUCUCGCCAGUAUUUGGUGCACAGAGACAUCGUGCAGUGGUUUUGGACUAUACAGCAGGGGACACAUUAUACAGUGAUUGUUUUUCAUUUAGCCUGUAUAUGUUCUGCAGAAUCUGCAUUAAACUGUAUUUUCCAAAGUACUGAACGGAUCUGGGUGAAUUUUGGAUAUGUGGUUCACCCAGAUCCCCCAGUUCCAAGGAUAUACUUUAUGGGGUUAUUGCAUGUUUUGGGGUCACUGUGAUGUGUUUUAUGAAACUGUAUUUCUCUGGCUGUGAUAAUUAGAUUACCCAUUGUGUUCAGUAAUCAGACAUCAGCCAGACGGGAGGAUUUUGUGUGGGAGUGUCUUUCUGUAAUGUACGUGUGUUAUUGGUUGUUAUGUAAAACCCUGUGGGCAGUACUAAAUUUGUGGAUUGGGAAUAAAAGAGGCUGUAUGUGCCAGUCCAGUGAGUUCCUGUUUUAACCCUCAAAGUGAAGUGUCGUCUCAUUAUUGGGGGAAGGAUUUAUUGUAUGCUGUUCCAGUUUGACUGCUAGGAGGGUAAACCUAUUCGUAUGGUUUCCUAUUCAACUGUCUACAGCAUUCAUAUGCUUGGGAGAAUUUAUUUGUUUCUCCGGUUCAGUGAUUGUGGUGUCUGCCAGAGUGCUUGGAGUCCUCAGGAAGCGCUAGGAGCAUCCUUCAAUGGAGGUACCCAGUCGGGGUGCCAGGUGAUCCGUUACAGAGAGGAACGCCAGACUCAUGUUUUACUAUUUCACAAGCAAAAAUACAAAUUGGAUCAUGUUCAACAAAGUUAAGUGUGGAAUAAUGUCUCAAGAACAGACACUAGAAGUCUAUUAAUAAAGACUCUACAUAAAUUAUUUUUAUUUAAUGAGAAUCACGGGUUAAUUUGAAAAUACAGCCUCAGUUCACUACCUAGCCACAAGGCAGGCUUUGAAGUUGUGCUCACCUUUAAAGAGAGGAUUAUACUUUGUUGACGAUUUUAAUGCAGCACUAUUUCACCUUGAAUGGAACAUGUCAUCAACCAAGACUAGGUCACCGUUUAUCGCUCUCAGCAAAUAAAUAAAUUAUCUGAAGCUCAAGCUUAUAUGAAGUUUUAUAUUGAAAGGGACAUUUUAACUCUUCGUAGAGUUUCAUGUGUGUAUUUGCACCACCAGCUGUAUCUAAUUUUAUACUUCAUUUCAUAUUUGAAAAUAUUUUUUGAUAUUAGCCAUGGUGAAUACUCAUUUUUAUACAAAAGCCGAUACACUCCCAUUUUUUUUUUUUUGACAUUCUUUAUUUGUAUGUAAUAAGGUUACAAUACAGGUCAAAUCGUAACAAAAGACACGGUAUAACAUGUUUCGGGAUGCCCCCAAACCUUAUGCCCAACAAUAUUUGUAGGGUUUCGUUCUUAAGUGUCCCCUCCUCUCCACUGUAGCCCCUCUCUUAGGGCAAGACUACCAAAGGUGUAAUGUCGUCCCUUCGGCAAUGUCACAUCUCCAACACUUGUUAUCGAGGGUGACCCCCAUGGCAUGGAGUCGUGCGGGGGUUCGGUACCAGUGCGUCAGGAGUUUAUAAUUAAGUUCCUGCAUUUUAGAACUUAGUAUCCCCUGGUGGGACAGAACGUGUAUUUGCUCCCAUUGUGGUUCCGUUAAGGUGACGCCUGUUGCUUGUUCCCACUUUGAGGGGAAGUGUGCCGGGGGUCCCGCGUCGGCACCCAGGAGCAUGGCAUAUAGGGUCGAUACCCCGCGUGUCGGGUGCGUUCCCCCUUCGCAUAGCGUUUCAAAGUGUGUGAGGUCUCGGUGGACCAGGUGUUUCCCCUGAAGUGUGGCAUAGUACCGGCGUAUCUGGUGGUACCUAAAUCGGAAGAUCCCUGUCUCCCUGCUCUGGCCCAGCAUGUCUUCCAGCGGCCUUAGGGUUUUAUUAGCACACCAGGCCCAAAGGUAUUGUUUCGUCCCCUCCCCCAGCCCCUCAAUAUCCCCCUUUGUCAGGCCCCCCGCCAGGUCCGGGUUGUGUAUCACAGGUGUCAGGGGGGCCGGGUUCGUGGUGAGCUGCAGCUUGAAUCGGAUGGUCGUCCAUGUUCUCAGUGUCGCGCCUAUGAAUGGGUGGUUCCGCAGGAUAUCAUCGCAUGUCGGGUUUUGUAUCCAUACCAUCGAUGGAAUACGCCCCCUGGCCUGGAGCCGCUCCAUAUGGACCCAUUGUUUGUCCGAGUCCGGGACAUGCCAUUCUAUAAUUCGUAAAAGGUGUGUCGCCUGGUAGUAUCCGUGUAGGGACGGUAGGGCUGUUCCACCGCGAUGUCUCGGGAGUAUCAGUUGUGUCUUUCUUACCCUUGGCGGUCCCUUCGCCCAGACGAAUCGCAGUAUCGCCGAGCCCAAGGUGUUGAAGUAUGUUCGCGGGAUCGCGAUCGGAAUGGCCUGGAAAAGAUACAGCAAGCGUGGCAACAGAUUCAUCUUUAUUGUGUUGAUCCGCCCAAACCACGACACGCAGAGGCGUCCCCAUCUGAGCAAGUCCGCACGGAGCGUUUGGAGAAUCGGGAGAAAGUUUUCUUGAUAGAGUUUCGUCAGGUCUCUAGUUAACCAAAUCCCAAGAUAUUUUAUGCGCUGGUGGCACCAUUUAAAGGGGAAUUCUCCUGAUAGCCGUUCGACCAACUCGGGGGGUAUAGAUAUGGGGAGGGCCUCCGACUUGUCCGCGUUCAAUUUGAAGUUAGAGAUCCUUCCGAACCGCUCAAAGGCUGCCAGCAGGUUGGGCAAGGUGAUCAAAGGGUUGCUCACAAAGAAAAGUAGGUCGUCUGCGUAGGCCGCCACCUUGUGCGUUCCGUCCCCCAGGGUGACCCCCGCGAUGACCCCGUCCCGUCUGACCGUCUCAAGAAAUGGCUCCAGAGAGAGGGCAAACAGGAGGGGGGAAAGCGGACAUCCCUGGCGCGUCCCGUUACGUAUCCGAAUUAAUGCGUAGUUGUGCAGUCGGCUCCGUGUAUAGCGCGGAGACCCACUGCAGUAUAUUCGGUCCGAACCCCAUUGCCCUGAGCGUUUCGAGGAGGUAUCGCCAGUCCACCCGGUCGAAGGCCUUCUCCGCGUCAGUGGAGAGGAGCAGGCCUCCGACCGUCGAGCUCCGUUGCGUGUGCAUGAUGUUUAGCGCUCUGAUGGUGUUGUCCUUGGCUUCUCGACCGGGUAUGAAUCCGGUCUGGUCCGGGUGGAUCAAGGAUGGGACUAUGCGGCUCAUGCGCGCUGCCAGGACCUUCGUAAACAGCUUGAGGUCUGCAUUUAGUAGAGAGAUGGGUCUGUAGCUCGCACAGGCCGCCGGGUCUUUUCCCUCUUUCGGGAUAACCGCAAUCGUUGCCAGUAGGGUGUCCCCCGGUAGGCGUACCCCCUCAAGGAGAGAGUUCAUGCCCGUCAGCAAUUCUGGUAGGAGGAUUUCCCCGAAGGCCUUGAGAUAUCUGGUGGGGAGGCCGUCCGGGCCCGGGGCUUUGUUAAGUUGUGUGUUCUUCAGGGCUGCCGUCAGUUCCUCUAUCGUAAUGGGGGCAUCAAGGUCUUCCCUUUGUUCUAGCGUGAGAGUCCGGUGUACAUGGUUUUCCAGGUAAUCCCUCGUCAGUCUCGCCGUCCUGUCCCGGCCCGCGCUUGUCUCAUCUUUCUGGAUAUCGUAUAGGCCGGUGUAGAAGUUCCGAAAUUCCUCGACUAUGUUGUCCGGUACCUGCGUGAGGGCGCCGCUCUUUGUCCGCAGCUUAGUGAUCUGGUUCACGCGGCGUUGUUGUCUCAGCAUUCUGGCUAGCAUGCGACCACAUUUGUUGGAGUGUUCAUAGUAAUAUCGGUGUGCUUUUUUCAUCGUGUAGGCGAGGUUUUUCGUGAGCAGAUGUUGUAGGUCUCGGCGGGCCUCACAGAGCGCAUGGUACGCCUCUUCCGUCGGGGCGGCUUUGUGGUCUUGUUCUAAGCUGGCGACUUUCGUAUAUAGCUCUUGUAGCCGCCUACUGUGUUCUUUCUUCCGCGUUGUACAUACCUUGAUGAAAUGUCCCCGUAUGACGCACUUAUGGGCCUCCCACCGAAUCAUUGGGGAGGUGUCAGACGGAUCGUUCUCAUUGAAGUAGUGAUGGAGCACCGUCGUAGCGUCCGCUAUGGUAACCGGGUCGCUAAGUAGUUGUUCAUUCAGUUUCCAUUGGCGUCUUGUGGGUUUAUGUAGAGGCGAGGUCAGCUGAGCCAGGACCGGCGAGUGGUCCGACCAAGCGUCAAGUAGGAUUUCACAUUUUUGUAAUAGAUUCAGGUAUUCUUGUGCAAUAAAGACAUAAUCUAAGCGGCUGUAGCCGCGAUGCACCGGGGAGAAGUAUGUAAAAUCCUUGGCCUCUGGGUGCAUGAUUCUCCAGCAAUCCGCAAGGCCCGCCGUUCUGAGUGCCAAACGUGCCGCUUUGAUGCUUGCGUCCGGUAGCGAGCAGCGUCCCCGGGAGGUGUCCGUCCGCGGGUCCAAUGGUAUGUUAAGGUCCCCGGCUAAAAUUAGGAGCCCCUCCCUGAAGUGUUCCAGCGAUUUUAGGGUUCUGUUGAGGAAACUGUGUUGGGUGUUGGGCGCAUAUAUGGAGGCAAAGGUGUAGCGCCUGUCCGCAAUGGAGCCCUUGAGGAAGAUGUAGCGUCCCAGUGGGUCGGUCACACGAAGGGGACAUGCGUGGCGAAGAGAAUGGCCACUCCUGCCUUCUUGGCUUCUCUAUGAUUAGCAAAAUAGCCAGUAGGGAACCGUCGGUCUCGGAGAGCCGGUCCCGUCUGUCCGCGGAAGUGUGUCUCCUGGAUGAAGGCCACGGAGAUUCUAUUGGACCAUGGUGCCCGUAGUAAAUGUGAUCUCCGUUCCGGCAAGUUCAGGCCCCGGACGUUGUUGGACCAGAUGCGCAGGGGCGCCGGGGCGAACGUCCCUCCGCCCCGGGAGGUCAUGAGAGCUGGUGCCGCCGCGCAGGGGCGGGCGGGGAGGAGUCAGGGGCGGAAGAAGAAAGAAGAAGAAGAAGGAGAAGAAGAGAAAAAAAAAAAAAGGGGAGGGGGGAAGAGGGGUCGUCGGGGUCGUCAGUUGACCUACUAUAGAGUAACAGAAAGAGUUAAACAAGGUGAGAACUAUAUACAGUGUCAGACUCAGCUGUCUAGGUCGGUGAUUCAGUAAGGGGAGGACUGUCCCACGUAAAUAUGUCCCCCCUUGUCGCUCCCCCCUAGUGUGUUAUACAGUGUGUCUGUGGGUGCGUGAGCGUCCGCAGGCGCAGGAUUGUGAAGGUGGGUCUAAGAGUUGUCACUAUCGGCUCCCCCUUAGCCCGUGCUGUCCCGCAGUAGACCUCCUCUCUCCGGAGGAUAUUCCUCGGUGCCUGGUCUUGCCCAUGUCUCAUUCCCCAGGUGGACCCCCCCCAGGGUGGCAGUGCAAUUGAUCUCUGCGUAUCGCGGCUGCCGUUGCCAGCGUACCGUAGCCGCCCAACUACCCAAGCCGACCCUAUAUCCCUCUCGCCUAUGGCCGACUUUACUUGUUUGGUGUCCCGUCCCCCCCCCCACCGCUCCGGUGCAGGCUAAAGGCCCCUCUCCCCCUGUCACUUGGUUUUCCUUCCCCGUCUCGCCCCUGACUCGGGGUGUGUGUUCUAUGGGCCGUUGUUGAGUGGGCUCGGUAGUGCAGGGGCCAUCCCUCCUCACAUCUCCGUGGAGGGCAUUUACUCGUCUCCCUCACGUCUCGCAUGGGUGCAGUGGGGAGCUGCGGGGCCUCCCGCCUCCCCUCCCACCCAGCAUGGGGGGGCAGAUUGCGAGGCGUCCCGAGAGAAAUGCAGGUCCGUUCUGUGCUUCCCCCUCCCCCCUCGUAACCAUCAGUCCCCCAGGACCCUGCCCGUGUCCUCCCCCACUUCCAGGGUGCAGUCCCCGCUUCCCUCUCCCAAAGCCCAGCGAGCACCCUACGACUCCUUGAGCCUAAGCUUUCCCAGUGUGGCAAGUCCAGGGGCAGUCCGGGCCCCGGCAGGGGAAGAAGCGACACCCCGUAUCCAUGAUCUCCCUCGCAGCCCGGGGUGAGCCGCGACUUGUGAGGUGCCUGCGCCUCCCACCCCACCUGGCUAACCUACUCCCUCUAUGGGCGGGUGCAGACCCGUAUCCCGGCUCCCCCCCAGUACCUUGCGGCCCGGCUGGUGCCAGGCCGCGAUUGCUCCUCUCCUCACUCCUCCACGCCUCUCGGGCCUCCCAGCAUUCUCGGGGCCCGCUCCCUUCUCCUCGGGGGCGACGGUGGGCGUCCUUCCUCCGCCACGUCGUGCAGGUGUGCGAGCGGGGUCUCCAGAAGCCAAUUCCUGAUGCGGAUAGGUGGUAGGCGCAAGGCUCUUAGGGCUCGGGGCACAUCUUCUGGCCAGCGCACUUGGAUCCAGGCACUCCCCUGCCUAAUCUGGAGGCUGAAGGGGAAGCCCCACCGGUAGGCUAUUCCCUUCUCCCGCAGGGUCAUUGUUAAGGGCCUGAGAGCCCGUCUGGCAUCCAGGGUGAGGCCGGACAGGUCCUGGUAUAGGGCCACGCUUGCUCCCCGGAAGGGUAUAUCCGCCAUUCCUCGGGCAGCCGUCAUGAGGCGUUCCUUAAGGCAGUAGUCAUGGAGGCAGCACAGGACGUCUCGUGGCCUGCCAUCAGGCCUCUGCGGCCCCAGGGACCUAUGAGCCCGGUCCAGCUUGAUCACCGCCAGGCAUUCCUCUCCAAGGAUCUGCCGAAAAAGGGCCUGCAGCGUGUCUUGUAGUGGCUCUGUGUCCGGUUCGGGUAGACCCUGAAUCCGGAUAUUUUGACGUCUGCUGCGGUUCUCUAAAUCUUCAACUUGGCGCCGAAGGGAGAGGAGCAUGUUCCCCUGGCGCGUGGUAGCGAGUUCAGCCGCUUGGUGCUGCGCGCGGCUCGCUUGGGCCUCCGUUUCCAGUGCCUCCACUCUUACCUCCAUUGAUGAGAGGUCCUUCCUCAGGGCUGCAACUUCCUCUUUGACGGCUGCCCGAAGUUCCCUCAGGAGCCCCCCUGUGUCUGCCUUGGUGAGCAUCUGUGCUGAAAUCAUUGCCAGCUCCUGUUUAAUUAGAGCGAGUGUGUCGUCCUGCGUGCCGUCCAGGGUGGGCUCUCCCGUGCUUUCACUGCCUGGGGAGCCGGGCGCCAUGUUGUCAGGCGGUCGGCUGCAACUUAGUGUGCUCGGAGUGCACACGAACUCGUCGAGCGUCCCGGUCGGACGGUGCGGGGUACCCCCCAGGGUGUGAGGCUUCUUGUUCCGGACCAUGGGUGCCGAGGUAAGUGCUUUUUUUUUGCGCGUUUUAGGGGCCAGGGGGAGCGGAGCUCAGGGUUCAGGCGUCCCGUCGCAUGCUCGGCUUGGCCACGCCCCCCACUCCCAUUUUAUAACAUACCUAAAGCCAUCACCAGUCACACACGUAACCAUAUCACAUACAGCACCCAUCUAUUACACACAUGACACCAUUUUAUGUCACUAAAAUGUAAUUUAGAACAAGAACAAUGUAUCUUUUUUUCCAAGGAUCUCUAAACACAUUUAACGUAGUUUAAAGACAAAAUACUGUGAGUAUUAUUCUAUGGAGCUCUGUAGUACACUUGGACACACCAACAACAUUAAGCUCCUAGAAAAGAGGGACAUUGGGAUAGAAAAGAAGAACAUGGGAAUUUGGGGAAAUAGGGACAUUUGGUAGGUAUGUAAUUGGGACAAAGCAGAUACGUAAAAAUCCUGCAUAAUAAUGUAGACAGAACAAGAGACAUAAAAUGUAAUAUAAUAAUGGUGAGAAGGUAAAUGAGCAAGAUGUAUCCAUUUCACCUGAGUUCUUGUCUACUGUGGUAGUAGUCUAAUAGACAGUAGCCUGCUAAUCAUAUUUAUCUGUAACAUUAUUAUAUUUUCCAUUCCUUUCGAAACUGUAAGCUUGCUGUCAGCACUAGCUUAUGUAUAUUUUUUAACAGUAUCUUUUACUUAGUAAAUCUUCUGGUACAGUUUUUAGACGAUAAGAAUGAUGGAAUGUCUUGGGUUUGUCUAUGCCGACGUUAGAGGUAACAUUUAUUUUCAUUAUUGAUACCCACAGAUUGAAGCUGUGUUUGUUCGUACUCUUCAUUUCUUCUUUGGUCAUCUCCUUGGUGUUUGCCAUCAUUCCAUUUUGCGGUCAUGUUGGAGUCCUAGCAAUGGUUAUGGCAAUAGCUGGUCUUGCCAUGGGUUGCAUUGACACAAUCUCCAAUAUGCAGCUGGUAAAAAUUUACCAGCAAGACUCGGCUGUAUUCCUUCAGGUAAGAUUAGUUCAAUUUGUGAAGGGGUAGAAGUUAUAUUCAAAGAAUAUAAAACCUGUUUUCUAUGACGUUAUCAGGUAUUCUCCGUAUUCGUGACUUAUGUUUAACUUUGGAAGGGCAUAUUUUCAUCUUAUUAAAGCAGAAAAAGAAUGAGAUUGAUCAUUGAUCAAUCAGUUCACACACCUGGAGAAUAUGGAUUGUGAAGUUAAUUUAAACUGGUUUUAAAUCAUGUUUUAAGAGUGCUGCUUAGAAUCUUACUAUAUAAUCUACAUUAAUCCAAAUAAAAAGAAAAGAAGGCUAUCUAAUAUCACUCAGGCAUAAUCAUAUAUGCUGCUUGAUCCAAGGAGAUAUCGGACUGCUAUUUUGGGGUCAAGAAGGAAUUUUUUUCCUGGUUUGUUGCAAAAUUGGAAGCACUUCAGACUGGGUUUUUUGCCUUCUUUUGGAUCAACAGCAAAAAAAAGGGAGGGGGGGAGGCUGAUCUUGAUGGACACAAGUCUCUUUUCAACUAUGUAAUAUAAAUUGAAGUAAGAGGCAAGCACAAAUAUUUUCUCUAUUUCUAUAUAUAAAUAUAAUAAUUAUUUAUUCAUAAAUUAGCAUUAAAUCACCCUAAAAUGAGGUAUUACUCUAAAUGGAAUUCAAGUAUUGGAAACAUGCUACAAAUAUUGAUAAACUGUCAUAGCUAAUCAUAUCAGAUCAAAUCAGAUGGCCAGAUGGCUGUUAGUGUAGUGAGCGUCAAUUCACUUCUUAGAAAGGAAGGAGAGCAAUAAUAAUAACAACAUGACUUUGUUUCUAAAUGAUAAUCAAAAAACAUUUGGGGAAAAAAAAAACCUUCAGCACAAGCAAAGUGUAACAGAAGUAUACAGAAGACAAAAUGACAAUAAAAUGCUCUAAACUGAAAGCCAAAAUAAUUCAGUUCUGUUGUUGACAAAUUGUUAUAUGUUUUUGUAUGAAGUGUCCUCAUUAAUAUAGUGUAUGACAGAUAACUUCAGAAGGAAAAAUCAUUUAUUUUAUUAUUAUAAAUUUUUAUUAAGCGCCAACAAUUUACGCAGCCCUGUACAAUGGGUGGACUAACAGACACGUAUUUGUAACCAGAUGAGUUGAACACACAGGAACAGAGGGAUUAAGGGCCCUGCUCAAUGAGCUUACGUGUGAGAGGGAGUGGGGUAAUGUGACACAAAAGCCUAGGGUAUGGUAGACAAGUACGUUGCUAGAAUAGCAUUCAUUGAGGGCUUAAUGUUGUUUUAAUGACAGUUGCAGGAAAGGAAUCAGGGUGCGGGGAGAGAAAGCUGUUCACAGUUUAAUUUAAAUGCUUUCCUAAAGAAGUAAGUUUUAACAGAUUUUUUGUGGAGACUGAGUGAAAGUUUAACAGAGAGGGGAAGGGCGUUCCAUAGUAAUGGUGCAGCCCUAGAGAAGUAUUUAAAGGAUCACUAUAGGCACCCAGACCACUUCAGCUUAAUGAGGUGGUCUGGGUGCCUGGUCCAUCUAGGGUUAACCCUUUUUUCUAUAAACAUAGCAGUUUCACAGAAACUGCUAUGUUUAUGUUAGGGUUAAUCCAGCCUCUAGUGGCUCAUUGACAGCCACUAGAGGGCUUCCGCGUUUCUCAGUGUGAAAAUCACAGUGAGAAGACGUCAGCGUCCAUAGGAAAGCAUUGUGAAUGCUUUCCUAUGGACUGGCUGAAUGCACGCGCGGCUCCUUCCGCGCAUGCGCAUUCAGCCGAAGAGGAGGAGAAGAGGGAGAAGAAGAGGGAGGAGAGGAGGAGGAGAGCUCCCCGCCCGGCGCUGGAAAAAGAGGUAAGUUUAACCCCUUCCUCUCCAUCCAGCCCGGCGGGUGGGGGACCCUGAGGGUGGGGGCACUAUAGUGCCAGGAAAACGAGUAUGUUUUCCUGGCACUAUAGUGGUCCUUUAAGGUGAGCAUCAGAGGUAGGAGUACGAACAGAGUUUAGACGCAUAUUUGUGUAUUAGUCAUGAUAAAUAGUUCGGAGCAGCAUUGUGUAGAGAUUUGUAAGCAAGUAUCAGGAUCUUAAAUUGAGUCCUAUAUCUUACAGGAAGUCAAUGUAGGAAUUUACAGAGGGGGGAGGCGUGGAAGGUGUGGGCGAACAGGAAGAUGAGCCUCGCCGCCGCAUUCAUUAUAGACUGUAACUGGCAAGUUGGGAACACGUAAUACCACUUAGAAGCAGAUUACAGUAGUCAAGGCGAGAGAGAACAGCAGCAUGGACAAGCACCUUAGCUGUAUCAGGCGUUAGAUAGGGUCAGAUGCGCACUAUGUUUUUGAGAUAGAAGCGACAGGAUUUGGCAAAUGAUUGGACAUGAGGGAUGAAGGAGAGGUUGGAGUCAAAGAUAACACCUAGGCAGUGAGCCUGCGAGGUAGAGUGGAUAGUAGCGCCACAGAGAAGGGGGUAGCAACACUUGAGGGAGGAAAGAACAGAAGUUCUGUUUUGGACAGGUUAAGUUUGAGCAGCCAUCCAGUUGGAAAUAGCAGAGAGGCAAUCAGAGACACAAGUCAAGAGGGGUGGUGAGAAAUCAAGGGAGGACAGAUAGAUUUGCAUAAUUGCUGCUCAGCACAAACCCUCCUGUGGAUUUGAUUGCUGCUCGGCACAACUUUUCCUUUUAGAACAGUAAUGUUGCUCGGCACAACUUUUCCUGUCAGAACAGUAAAUGUCAUUAAAGGAACACUAUAGUCACCUAAAUUACUUUAGCUAAAUAAAGUUUUAGUGUAUAGAUCAUUCCCUUGCAAUUUCACUGCUCAAUUCACUGUCAUUUAGGAGUUAAAUCACUUUGUUUCUGUUUAUGCAGCCCUAGCCACACCUCCCCUGGCUAUGAUUGACAGAGCCUGCAUGAAAAAAACUGGUUUCACUUUCAAACAGAUGUAAUUUACCUUAAAUAAUUGUAUCUCAAUCUCUAAAUCGAACUUUAAUCACAUACAGGAGGCUCUUGCAGGGUCUAGCAAGCUAUUAACAUAGCAGGGGAUAAGAAAAUCUUAAUUAAACAGAACUUGCAAUAAAGAAAGCCUAAAUAGGGCUCUCUUUACAGGAAGUGUUUAUGGAAGGCUGUGCAAGUCACAUGCAGGAGGUGUGACUAGGGUUCAUAAACAAAGGGAUUUAACUCCUAAAUGGCAGAGGAUUGAGCAGUGAGGCUGCAGGGGCAUGUUCUAUACACCAAAACUGCUUCAUUAAGCUAAAGUUGUUUAGGUGACUAUAGUGUCCCUUUAAUCACAUUUUUAUAUGCGGAUGAACACAUGACAGUUGGUAGAGGUAAAGAUAGCACCAGGAGAGAGCGGUAUUUCAUAGACCGAAAUUACGGAGGAUGAGAAGAAGCUAUUGAUGAUCAACAGUGUUCAAAAGCAUCAGAAAGGUCGAGGAGAUUAAGGAUAGACUAGUGGCCAUCUGAUUUUGCAGUGAUAAGAUCAUUGGAUACUUUGGUCACAGCUGUUUCAACAGAGUGAUGAGCACGGAAUCCAGAUUGAAGCGGAUCAAGCAGAGAGUUGGAUUCGAGUCAAUCUCGCAUACACAACUCUCUCAAGGAUCUUAGAGGCAAAUGGCAGUGGUGAGGUAGGACGGUAGUUGGAUAGAGACUUAGGGUCAAGGUUGGGCUUUUUUAGAUUCGGGGUAACUGUUGCAUGUUUGAAGGGUAGAUGAAAUGUUCCAGAGGAGAAGGAGAGAUUGAAAAUUUUAGUGAGAGGCAGAGCAAAAGAAGGAGACAAAGUGCACAUGAAAUAUGAGGGAAUAGGAUCGAUGGAAGUUUACCAUAAUAUUAAUGAAUAACAUUGCAUAGUAUCUUCCAGAUUAUCAGUGACUGACGUUGUACAGUUAUUAGUGGGUUCAUUAGGUAAUGAGCAUAUUUCUCUUUUUUCCCCCUAAGGUUCUUCAUUUCUUCAUGGGUUUUGGGGCGCUACUCAGUCCUCUAAUAGCAGACCCAUUUCUCUCUGAUACCAACUGCAUCCAAUCGAACAACACUCAGAAUGGGAGCCGUAACUUGGAACACAUAAGGAAUUCUCUAGUUCCUCAUAAUCCUGGCAACGUUUCCCACUAUGAACUUCCUCUUCAGGGGCCAACAAUUACACAAGUAUCCUAUGCCUUCUGGAUCAUGGCUGCCAUCAAUGUGAGCUAAGAGUUCCUCUUCUGGUAUUGGGAAUAUACUUAUAUAAUAACAUGUAUUACCGGUAAUUGAUUUUCCAUGUGUUACUAUUCCUUUAGCUCCCAGUGCCUAUAGCUGUUUUCCUUCUCAUGUAUAAGAAUAGCAUGGUGCCAGGCUGUUCUAACCAGAGUGGGACCUUGCUGUCUGCAGAUGAGCUGGCAAUGGAAACUCAGAAAGAGAAUGAGGGAAGUAAUACUGGAGUGGAGGAGGCAGUGGUGGAGCCAUGUGAAGAAAAGGGUAAGUUCUACCUCCAAAUUAAUUUAUGCUUUGCUCUAGCAGUUUUUUCACAUUAAAGAAAAGGGUCUCUCAGCUAAGGCUCAGUUCUGUCCCUCUACAUCACUGCAGAGGGACUAUGAAUGGCAGUCCUCUUCCUGCUCCCAAACUCUUCAGCAACUUUUAUAGGUCAUAAUUGACGGCUGAAUUCUGGGCACAGGCUGCAUCUGUACAUGAAAUAGUGUUAUAACCAUAAAGUCUCUAAAAUGUUUUAACCUCCCAACGAUUCUGUAAAUAUGUUAAUCUUUUAGAAUGAAAAAAGUAUGUUAAACGUACAUGGUUUACUCACAUACUCAAACUAGAUCUAGCAGUGUAAUUGCUGGGAGUUGUCUUCUGAGCUUUACAUUUCAUAACUGAAAGAUCUGAAGUGCUUCAAAUUCCCAAAUGUAUAUUUUUCUUUUUUUCUUUUUUAAAUAUGUUAAAGCAAAGCCUUUGUAAGAUAACCCACAAUGUCAUUACAUGUAAUAGCAAAAUUUCGACAUGACUUUCUGAGCUUUGUCUCAGUCCUGAGUCGAAUAUAGCAUUUUUUGUGUUCUCAGUAAGGUAGGUCUUCUCAGCUUCUGUGGUGCUAGCGGAAUCAGGAAGAAGACCUCCCAAGCUAUCUGAUUGACAGCCUUGGAGUUGUUUCAGAUAUUGCCAAUUUCAGAUCAAAAGCAUCAGCUUUAUUCUCUGCAAAUAAGAGGAGAUGCUCCUAAUACAUAAAGGAGUUCAUCAAGUUGAAGAGCUUUAUGUGUCCCUAUAGGAUGAGUGGAUUUAAAAGUAAAGUAUUGUUGUGAAUCAUAGUUGAGAUGAUGAACCUCUGAAUUAUACAACCUCCUUUAAAACCUCCUUCUUUUCUCCAGACCAUGGGGUGAACACGCUGUGUUGUCAGAGUAAGAAGUUUUGGAAUGCUCCCUACUCAUUUUUUGCCAUUCAUGCUUGUGGAGCUUUCGUGCUGUUUAUGAGCGACGGGAUUGUGGUAUGCCAUGCUGGUUCUGCUAAUAUUGUCAGAUGUGUUGGGAUGGGUUUGUGUUGUGUCUAGGUCAAACACAAUAAAAAUAAGAAAUACGAUUAUGCAAUUCCAGACAGUAACAAGCAGGAGAGAUCCAAAUUUAAUACAAACCAUAAAGAUAGCACUACCUGAGAGAGAAAGCUGUGCUGUGCUCAACUGUUACAAUGCUAGUGUCAGAGUAUACACUAUCAUUAUAUACUAUAUGUCUGCUUUCACAUUCAGAAAACAGAUGCACCCCUCAUUUAGCAAUAUACCCCAGGCAUCAACUACUACAGCUUAUUCUACUGUAUUAAGUCUCAAAAUGUCCACCUAUCUAUAGCCAUUGUUGAAAAUGUAACCUUGGUGAGCAGGGCUGCCAAUCAGCUGCCUAACACAGCUCAAGGUCUGGGCCCCUGGGGUCUGUUCCCAAGUCCGCCCACGGCGCAUAUGUGUUUGUGUAGUAGGUGUAGUGUGUGUAUAGUGACUGCAGCUUGUGUGUAUGUGUAGUAGCUGUAGUGUGUGUAUAGUGACUGCAGCUUGUAUGUUUGUUUAGUGGAUGUAGUGUGUGUAUAGUGACUGUAGAGUGUGUGUUUGUUUAGUGGAUGUAGUGUGAGAUUAGUGACUGCAGAGUUUGUAUAGUGAAUGCAGAGUGUGUGUUUGUGUAGUGGAUGUUGAGUGUGUUUAGUGACUGCAGUGUGUGUGUUUGUAUAGUGGAUGUAGAGUGUGUAUAUUUAAUACAGAGUGUGUGUUUGUGUAGUGGAUGUUGAGUGUGUUUAGUGACUGCAGUGUGUGUGUUUGUAUAGUGGAUGUAGAGUGUGUAUAUUUAAUACAGAGUGUGUGUUUGUGUAGUGGAUAGUGUGUGUAUAGUGAAUACAGAGUGUGUGUUUGUGUAGUGGAUUUAGUGAGUAUAGUGAAUGUAGUGUGUGCAUAGUGACUACAGAGUGUGCAUAGUGAAUGUAGUGUGUGUGUAGUGAAUGCAGUGUGUGUUCGUGUAAGGUAGAGUGUGUAAAAUAAAGGGGGAAAUAUUUGUUUUUACAUUUAUUUGUGCACAUUUAAUUUUUUCUUCCCUCCCUGAUUCUUACCUGUGGCCAGAGAGGUGGGAGAUUGCAUUCCCUGUUGGUCUGGUGGUAUGCUGCAGAGAGCCGACCAUUGUAUAUAGCAGUGGGGGGCCCAGCACACUCCAUCUUAACUUUCCAGCUCCUCUCUCUCUAACGCUACAGCCAGAGACACACAGUCAGAAACUCACAAAUACAGAUCCUUUACCUCUUCCCUCCACACAAACUAGACCUAAAUAUGCCCCUACCAUUUACUCCCCCUUGGCAGUCCUACCUUAGAGGCCAUAUAUUCUGACUUGCGUGGCAGAGUAGUGUUAGAGACGGAGAGCAGCGAUAUAAAAUGCCACAUCCCUGCCCCCUCUAAACACAACCUCACACCUGAUCCUCAGCUGCAAAUUAGAGCAGCUCCAUGAUAACACUGGCUAGGUGGAAGUGACAUCUAUGAUAUCACAUCCUUAAGCACGGCCACCUGUGAGAAAGCUGUGCAGCCUCUAUUUAAUAAAGGGACAAGUGUAAUGCUACUGGCCAAUGCCGUCCGGUUCACAGAAAUAUAUAUCUCCCCAUCCGGACUAACAAGCCCUACAGGGCCCCGUGGUGGCCACUGAGCUGGACUUCCUGUACAGCUUGAUGGUAGCCCUGUCUGUAAUAUAUGUAGCAGUGUCAAACUUGUUUAUUUGCACGGUGUAAUACAUAUCUCUUCCUCAGGGGGAAUACUCAGGAUUUGUGUAUAGCUACGCGGUAGAACAGCCACUGUACCUAGCGCACAAGACAGCAGGGUACCUACCAAGUCUCUUCUGGGCUUUUAUUACAUUUGGAAGAUUGAUUUCCAUCCCAGUGUCCUACAAAUUGGCCCCUCGAUCCAUGCUCUUCAUCAACCUGGUAAGACAAUAACAGUGCAUUGAUGAAAUUACUGUUAUAUAAUACAGUGAUAAAAAAUAAUUUGAGCCCAAAUGUUCAUUCUUCUGUACAAGCCAAGCAACUGAUCAGAAAGCACUGAUAAUUAUUCUCGCUAUUGUUUGAUAUAAUGAUCCCUUUAUAUUAAUAUUUUUUUUCUUUGCUCUUUUUUAAAUACAAUAAAAUACACAUAUUACGAUAUAGAUAUAUAGUUGUACCUCUUUAUGAUAUGACAUUUUAAAUGUGGUAUCAUUUUAGGAUUACAUUUAUUCAUGUACCAUGCAUUGCUUUAUAAUUCCCAAUGAACCAGAAAAGAAAAAAAAAGUGGUGGAUCUUAGCAUUUUAAGCAUUUUUGGUGACCUUCAACUCCAUUUUACUGUUACGUUACUAUUUACUGUGUACCUAGCUUCUACUUUAUGCUUUAUAAUUUUUUUUCAUGCUUGGAAAACAUCUAUUAAAUUUAUUUUUUAAAGAAAUGGUAACCUGUUGUAUACUGCAGUGGUCAUAACAAAGCUUUAUCUGGUACAGUGAGGGAAAAACUAUUUGAUCCCCUGCUGAGUUUUAAUGUUUGUCCACUGACAAAGAAAUGAUCAGUCUAUAAUUGUAAUGGUAGGUGUAUUUUAACAGUGAGAGACAGAAUAAAAAAAAAAAUCCAGACAAACGCAUGUCAAAAAAGUUAUAAAUUGAUUUGCAUGUCAAUGAGUGAAAUAAGUAUUUGAUCCUCUAUCAAUCAGCAAGAUUUCUGGCUCCCACGUGUCUUUUAUACAGGUUACGAGCCGAGAUUAGGAGCACUCUCUUAAAGGGAGUGCUCCUAAUCUCAGCUCGUUACCUGUGUAAAAGACACCUGUCUGCAGAAGCAAUCAAUCAGAUUCCAAACUCUCCACCAUGGCCAAGACCAAAGAGCUAUCCAUGGUUUUCAGGGACAAGAUUUUAGACCUACACAAGGCUGGAAUGGGCUACAAGACCAUCGUCAAGUAGCUUGGUGAGAAGGUGACAACAGUUAGUGCUAGGGCCGGACUGGGAAAUAAAUUCGGCCCAGGCGUUUUUGUAACCACAGUGACCCACUGAAAAUGGGGCGGGGCCAGACAGGGUGUUGUGACGGACCGCCUGGUACCCGGACCGGGUGCCUCCGCCAAUCAAUGCUCCUGGUGCUCACAGAGGACUCCGCCCGACACCAUCAGCACUAUAGUCCCCAUGUCCAGCGUUACAGCUUGGCUGGGAACUCGCCGUCCUCCACCCACCCAAGACCAGGAUCCAGCUUCCAGUGGGUGAACCUCUCCUACUCCAGAGAGAGCAGCAAGAACAGCUCUUAAAAGAGCUAGUGAUUAUAAUCCCAGGCGAGUAUAGUGACAUAGCAAUCCCCAGGGUAGAUACAGCCGUUUCCCCCACACAUGAGAUGAGACUCUAUGGUGAGGGUAAGCAGGAACUCAAUUUUAAUGGUGCCACACCUUUUAUAACAAUCCCCAUGCAAGGGGUACGCCCACAUGGACCUUGUUGGGGACUCCAACACAAAGACACAGACCAAUAAGAACAGUGAUUAAAUGCAUGACACUCCCGUAUAAAAACACACAAUCCCUCCCCUCUGCCUGGGAGAUAAUUAGAUCAGGAACUGUACUAAUCUAAUCCAAUUAUCUCCAAGCACAGAAAAAACACCAAUUUUUACAAACACCCCAAAAGUACAUUAAAGCACACAAAAUCCCCACAAAAGUUACAUCCCCUGAUAGCCCUGAUCUGGGUGACCAACAUAUCCAAAAAUCACCCAGAUCAGUUCAGGGGUUCAGGAAUUUCCUGGAAGUCUUAUUUUUGACCGACCAUGCACAUGGUCCUGUGCCCAAAACAGUUAAAGGGAAUCAGGGCAAAUGGUCGGUCUCUCUGUCUGGAGUACAAAAGUACAUACCUCACAUGAACAGAGCUUUUCAAGUGCAUUGGGCAAGGUAUAUUGCAGGGCCCAUAGUCGUGAGGCAAGAGGCUGGCCAGCAGGCCCCUCCAAGAACCCUUUCUCCACAGGUGUGUUUUGUCAUCCCCAAUGACAAGCAUGCCCCAUCUCAAAGUGAGCAUGUUGGUUCAAUGCUCUUCCAGGGAAGACCAUGCACAGAGCUCUGCUGAAGAGCUCUAGCAUGAGAAAAAGGCCCUAAAUUUGUUCUGCACAGUGCAGGCAAAUUUAAUAACAUGCUUGCAUUGUGUUUGCUUGAAACUUGUCUCAGGGGUUUCCAUAAACGGGAUACUCACUGUACCACUCACCUGCAAGUCUCCGAAUUUAAAGUCACACAAAUUAAUAUGGAAAACUAAGUUUUGUGUUAAGACAUCCUAAAGAAAGAUAAUCUCUUAUGUUAAAUUCUAAGAAGUUGGCAGGAAAUUCCUUUUUCAAUAAUUCCUGGAACACAAGAAUCCUACUAGCUCUUUAAUUUUCCCUCUGAUACAAAUUAAAAGAAAAGAGAAAAAGACAGCAGAAGGGAAGGAAAAUGGGAAAGGAGAGUAGACAAUCUACUCCUGGUCACCCUCUGAAUCUGCUAAUUCGUGGCGCUUCCUAUUCCUUUGGACAAAGCUUUUUUACACUCUGCAUCCACAUGGCUACAAAAAAAUAUGACUCCAAGCAAGGAGGUAAAAAAGAUAAGGAAAGGAAGACAGAACAAAAAAAUGAAAAAUGCCUCUCAAAUUUUUUCUCACAAGAUAAAAUAGAGAGAAGAACCAGUCAGGAUGAAGUACUUAGAUCUGGUGAGGAAGAUCAUAGUAAAUUAUAUAUAGAAAAAGAGGGUGAUGGAAAAUCAUUGGAUACCUCAAUUAAAGAAGUACAAUAUAUUGAGAAAGACUUUCUUAAUGCAUGCCUGGAAACACAGUUUGGUAAGAUUAAGCAGGAAAUUCAGAUUAUAUCAGAGGAUUUUAAAGGAGAACUGGCUAAAGUGAUAAACAGAUUCAACAUUCUUGAAGAAAAAAUGGAACACACUAUACUACACUAUAGCUUACAACAAGAAAAAUUUACGACAGUUCAGAGGAAAAUGUAAAAUCUAGAAUGAAAAAUUGCAGAUAUGGAGGACUGGUCUAGGAGGAAGAACAUUAGAAUCAGAGUUGUACCGGAGAGCAUAACGCAAAAGCAUCUAGAGUUAUACCUGUUGGAAUUCUUUCAGUUUCUGGUCCUAAAAGUUGAUAAUAAUCCAUAUCUUAUUGAGAGAGCACAUAGGAUCUCUAAAGCGGGUGGUCUCCUGGACCAUGUUCCAAGAGAAGUUAUCGUGUGCCUACAAUCACUCAAGACAGAGGUCAAAUUAUUGUAUUGGUAUUUAAUAUAAUAACCACACAGUAGAAUUAGGCACUAAAGGCAUUGUAUAUAGGAGGUUAAAGAUCUGCACUAAAUUACACUGUGUGGCAUUGCUUAAAAUAUGCUGCACAAGUAUAAAGGGAAUUUACUUGUAAGGAGCAGAUAGAUACAUAGAAUAUCACCUUUUUUAAGGCUAAAGGCCAUUAAGCUCACAUAAAAUUAGUUUACUGAAAUAUAUAGAUAUAAGCGUAUCUCCUAAAUAUUAUAUUACUUGAUGGUUAUUCAGGUCUAUUAAAUAUUUGGAAGAUUCAAGCACUAAAAGCUAUUCUGUAAUGGAGGUUAAAGAAUUGCAUUUAAAGCUAUUUUGAUGCAAAGCACCUAUUAAGGGGGCUCAUUUCAAUGAGGGCACUGGGGGUUUUGAUGUGUGCUUUUGUACAUAUGGUAUUUAAGUGUACUAAAUAAUCUCAUUUUACUACCCUAGGUUUAAUCUGGACUUUCUCUAUAUAAAUAGACACUCUACUAACUCUUGAAUACAAUAAUAGGUGAUUUCUAUUUAAGAGCACUAAACAUAAAGAAGAUUGAGGUAACUGAAGGUAUUUUAUAAAAGUUGUUAAAGAUAUGCACUUUAAGUACAAAAAAUGUAGAGCAUCUAUUUAGGCAAGUCAUUUUUAGAUUUUAGAACGUGGUCGUUUGUAUGCUUUCACAUGUUUGCAUUCUACCUUAUAGGUUUUUUUGUUUUUUUUCCCUCCUUUCUCCCCUCCAUUUACUUUCGUUUGCGACUUGCAAUCUAAUCGCUGAGGCGAUUAUUAUUAGGUGCACAUCUGUUACUCCAAGACAUGAUGAUGCAUCUCCUAAAUGGGGGUUUCUCCUAUUUUUGGGAUUGGGAUUGGGGUUUAUUUAUGUUUUAUGUGUGUGUGCGCGUUGUAGGUUGUCAAAUGUUUUAUGUUAUGGCCGACAAGGACAUAGGGGGAGUCUUUGGAGAUUGAGUAGAGUAGUUUUCCUAAUCUGAUGAUAAAAUUCGCUACUUUAAAUGUCAGGGGAUUAAACUCUCCUCAAAAGAGAGUAAUUUUAUUUAAAAAAAAUUGAAAAAGGAGUCUAUACACAUAUGUGGAGUUCAAGAAACUCAUUGGCGUUCUGGUGAUAAACAAUGGUUUAAAUAUAAGGAUUUCCCCCAUGUCUUUACCUCCUCUAUGUCAAAUAAAAAAAAGAGGAGUUGCUACUCUUAUUUCAGCUAAGAUUGUAUUUAAAUUGAUCCAUCAAGAAAUAGAUAAGGAAGGCAGGUAUCAAAUACUUACAUGUGAACUUAAUAACCAGAUAUAUACCAUUGCCAAUAUCUAUGCUGCCAACCACUCUCCUAAUAGGUUUAUUAGACAGCUAUUUUCUAAGGUAGAAAGAAUUAGACAAGGGAGGAUUAUUUGCUUAGGAGAUUUUAAUUGUAUUCUAGAUCCGGUACUAGACAGGAUUAGCUUGAAAGGCAUAGGAACUGAAAAUUACACUAGGGUUUCAUCUAGGGCCUUUUGUGAUAUCUUGAGGAGGAGCAGUAUGUAUGAUCUAUGGCGGAUAUGGCAUCCACAAGAAAGGGAUUAUACUUGCUUUUCCGGUGUUCAUCAAGUAUAUUCAAGAUUAGACUAUUUUUUAGCCGAAGCAGAUAUAGCGAAAAGAGUAAAGAAAAUCUUUUAUUAUCAAUAUCCCAUGGUCAGACCAUAAUGUGCUUAUAAAGCAAAUCAAAGAGGAGUUUACCAAAGCUAGAUCCAAUUGGCGAUUGAAUGAACGACUUUUACGCAAUACGACAAACCUAAGUCUGAUUAAAGACGCUACCGAUCUAUUCUUUAAAGAGAAUGCUAGUAAUGAUAUUUCCUCUCCCAUGAUGUGGUGUGCUUACAAAUGUACAGUUAGAGGAUACUUAAUUAAAUUAUGUUAUCAGGGGGGAAAUAGAAACUUGAUGAACCUAGCCGAAUUGUAUAUAGAGUUGGAUCAAUUAGAGAAAAUGAAUAAAGCUGCCCCGUUAACUCAAAUCUCUGAUAAACUUAAGAUUGUUAAAGAAAAAAUUAACUACAGGCUGAUUAAAAAGCUAAUUUCUGCCUAGAGAAUUUAAAACGGACAUGGUAUUACAAAGGGGACAAGGCAGACAAAUUACUUAGUAGAUUAAAGAACGAAAAAUCUAAGAAAGUAAUUUCUAAAAUAAUGCAAGGAAAUAAAACCAUACUUGCUAAAUCAGAAAUAGGUCGGGCAUUUCAGGAGUUUUACUCUAACUUAUAUAAUUUACCAGAGCGGGACCAUCCCAUAGAUAUGUCACAAUUUUUUACCAAACAUAAGGUUCCUAACUAAGGUCUCUAAAGACCAAUUGAAUAAGCCUAUCUCCCAGAUUGAGGUUAAUAUCUCCAUUAAAAAACUUAAAGCAAACAAAUCUCCGGGACCGGGUGGCUUUAGUAAUGGCUUUUUUAGACUAUUGAAGGAGAACAUAAUUGGAGCUCUGCUUGAUAUUUUUAAUCACAUUAGGUUAACAGGUAUUAUUCCACAUCAAAUGUUGAAUGCAUAUAUAGUACAUAUCCCUAAGCAAAAUAAGAACCCAGAACAUCUAGCAAAUUAUAGGCCCAUUUCAUUAUUAAAUACUGAUAUUAAACUAUAUUCAGCAAUAAUUGCUGAAGAUUGAGUGAUAUUAUACCUACAAUGCUACAUGAGGAUCAAACUGGAUUCGUGUCAAGUCGGUUUCCAAUGUAUAACAUAAGGAGUUUAGUGGAUAUUGUGGAUCUGGCGCAUAAAAAUAACUUGCCCCUCCUGGCCCUAUUGUUAGAUGCCAAGAAGGCCUUCAACAGGGUCAGGUGGGAUUUCUUAGACGUAGCUCUAGAAGCGUUUGGUAUAAAUGGAGAUAUUAAAGUAUCUAUGAUGGCUUUAUAUACUUCUCCAACAGCAAAAGUGGUUGGUGGCGGGUUUUCCUCUGAGUUGUUCUAAUUAAAAAAUGGGACCAGACAGGGAUGCCCGCUUUCACCACUUUUAUAUUUAAUUGCCAUUGAACCUCUGGUAGUAGCAAUAAAAGCUAACAAUCAAAUUAAAGGGGUUGCAAGCUAUAGAUGACUGCAUUAAGUUGAUUAUGUAUGCAGAUGACGUGUUACUUACACUUACUGACCCAAUGAAUUCUAUGAGGAAAUUGACACCUUAGAUGGAGGAAUUCUCUACUCUUUCCGGUUAUAAAUUAAACUUUGAUAAAUCGGUUAUAUUGCCACUUAAUCUGCCUCGGGAUGUUGUUGAAGGCUUAAUACGGGUUUAUGAUUUCGGUGCCAGGGAAUUUUUUAGCUGCCUGGGGGUGGAAAUUGCCUGUGACCACUCUAAAAUAAUGGAACUUAACUUCUUACAAUUGUUAAAAGAAACAUGUAGGAAAAUGAAGGAAUGGAGAAAUAUUGAGAUUUCAUGGUGAGGAAGAAUAAAUACAGUGAGAUCUUAUCUCCUCCCCAAAUUGAUCUAUCUGUUUCGUACGGUUCCCUUGGCCUGCCCAAACAGUUGGAUGACCCUUUUACAGUCCCAAAUAAAUAAAUUUAUAUGGGCAGGGAAAUGCCCACGAAAUAAUGCUAACCGUUUAGCGCUAAAGGUCAAAUUGGGAGGUUUAGGGGUACCUCUUUUAAGAGAAUAUCAAAAAACAUGUAAUUUGGCACAUGCCUUUAUUACCCAAGGAGAAAAGUCCAAAGAACAAAUUUGGUAUAUAAUGGAACAGUCCCUGACCCAUACAGAGCAGCACAAUUUGGACCUGAGUGCUUUAUUUUGGCAAUUAAAGAAUAAGCAGAAAAACCUUCCUUUAGUGAAAUCUGGAAGUAUGAUUUUAGACAACAUAAUGAGGCACUGGGAGAAAUGUAAAACAUAUCUAUCAAUUCACAACAAAAUAAUUAUCUGUCUUCCUUUAACCCAUUUAUCUUAUAAUAUUGAGGAUUUGAAUCUAAAAAUUUGGACUAAAUCUAGCCUCUUGAGAAUAAGCGAUUUAAUAAAUGAGAAUAACUUGAGGGAUUCCCACCUGUUGUGUGCUGAAAAUAAGUUAGACAAUAAAGAAGUGUUAAAUUAUCUAAGUAUAAAUGGCUUCUUGAGUAGGCACCUGGUAGAUGGAAAAUCAAAUAAAUAAUAAUUUUUUUGGAGAGGCUAUUGAGAAAAGCAACCCAACUUGGAUAGUUGCUGGUUGUUUGCAACUGGUCAGUAAGGUUUCAGACAUACCUAUGAAGCCCAUUCUUAACAAGUGAGAUAAAGCCUUAAAUACUCAAAUUAUUAACCCAAAUUAUUAACCCAAACGGGUUAUUUUCUACAUGUCUGGUGGGACUGUCCGCCUAUUCAGUUGUUUUGGAACAUGAUUAGGGGAAAAAUUCAAACACCUACUGGGAAUUCUUUUUUUUGGUCCUGACCUAUUUCUCUUGCAGCUUAAUGUCAAGCUUACUUUUGGGAAUCAUACUCCUUUGGUUACUCAUUUAUUACCAGCUGCAAAAAUUAUGAUAGCUAGAUAUUGUAUAUUACUCCAAUUUGGGUCCUUCAUGAGAACAGCUUAAAUUCCAAUUAAGAAUGGAAAGAGGUAUGAUUAAGGCUCCAGAUGUCCUCAUGGUUAAGCUCAAUAGAGAUUUUGUAAUAGAUGAGUAUGGAUGGGUAGCGGUAAUUCUUUUUCCCCCUUUGCUCUUUCUCGAUCUGAACGAUAGGUAUACUUUUAGAGUUAUGUAUUAUCUCCAGGACUCCCCAUUUGGAGUAUGACAUUUGGAAUAUAAUUUUGGCCAUCAUGUCUGGUUUUGUCUUGUCUUUGUAUGUCGCAAUAUAAGUGCUUUUGUAUUUUUUUUUUUUUUUAGAGCGUAUAAUUUUAGGAGUGUGGGGUUUGUUAUUGGUGUGAUAUAUCUCCUGUACGUUAUGUUAUGACACGCCUUCUAGAAUAUGCUUGAAGGAUGUAUUAACUAUGUGUAGUAAUGUCAAAAUUGUGUGAUGUGUUUCUCUUUGUUUAUAUGGGAAACUAAUAAAAAAAUAAAUAUGAAAAAAAAAUUUGUCUGGAUUUUCUUUGUGUUAUUCUGUCUCACUGUUAAAAUACACCUACCAUUAAAAUUAUAGACUGAGCAUUUCUUUGUCAGUGGACAAACGUUCAAAUACAGCAGGGGAUCAAAUACUUGUUUCCCCCUUAGUGUAUUAGAUGAUUGCUUUCAUGUAUAAGAUCAUUUUAACCUGACGAAAAAAAUUAAAAGAUUUAUAUAGAUUUGCAGACAUAAAAAUAUUUACCUUACACCAAUGACAAUGACAGAAGUUACAUAAGGAAGUCACAUGCACUUCUAACCAGUGUGGUGAAAUCCAAAUGCACCUGACACUUUCCUGGAUAUAGACUUUCUGUAAAACUGGAAUGUGAUAUCUGAUCUGGUAUUUUUGACAAUAUUCUAUUAACACCAUAAUGAUAUUAUUUGCAGAUGAAAAAAGAGAGUAUGAAAAUGGACAAAAGCUUUGAGAAACUCAGUAGCUUGCCCUUUGGUAAAUCCCUGCACAGGUCUCAAAAUAGUUUGUGUUCACUUGUCCCAUUACAAAAAGGAAAUAUUCUGAAGCAUAUCAGACUGAUCCCACCCAUAAGAGCAGUCCAGAACUGAAAUGCUGGCAAGUUCUCUCUGCACAAGAGAUACAGUAACCCCAGACAAUAGUUUUAGCCUUCUUUGAGCUUCAUCAGCGAAGUGUAGCUGAUACCCCUCUAGGCACCAUGAGCAUGGGGUCCACCUCUGGAUUAAUCUUUUAAAUUGUGGAGAGCCAAGUUAAUGCAUUGGAGCAAAAACAGAGAAUAUGAGAACUCUGAGAAAGGACAAAAGCUUAGAGAAACUCAGUACCUUGCCAUUCAGUAAAUCCCCGCUCCGGUCUCAAAAUAGUUUUUGCUUAAUUUUGCCAGUACAAAGAGAAUCAGUUCCAAGGCAUAUCAGACUGAUGCCACGCAUAAGUAAAGUCCAGAACCAAAAUGCCAGCAAGUUCUCUCUGCACAAGAGAUACAGCAACACCAGACGGUCUUUUCGGCCUUCCUUGGGCCUCAUCAGCGGCAUUACCGAAGGGAAGGCUAUUGAUUUUCUCUAAGCUUUUGUCCGUUCUCAGAGUUCUCAUAUUCUCAUACUUUCUGUUUUUGUUAUUUGCAGAUUAGCUGUUAUUUUCUUUCCAUAGCCCUUUAUAAUACAAUAAAUAUGUUAUUUAUACACAGAAUAUCUUACUGAUUUUUGUUGACUAAUAUUGUUCGCUCAUACAAGUACUUUAUUGUGGGAGACACUGAGUCUUCCAGGUAAAUGAGAGGAGAAGCAAUUUUUAGAUUUGUGGAAUUGGUUAUCACAUGUUCAUCCAAAAGUGGUCAAAGCCAUAUAGGGAUAGGUACUUUCCAUAAUGUCACAUCAAUCUAGCCCCCAUUUUUUUGGUUUGUGUCACACUAUUUUCAAAAUGUUUUUCCAUGGCACCUAAAGCCUGUCUCCUCACUGCUUGAAUAAUUCAGCAUGAUCUGUCCAUUCUUGGGUGCCUCUGAUAUUGUGGAAAGUAUUUGUGAAACAAAAGGGGCUACACAUGCAAGGUAAAAGUCUGAAUAAUAUCUUUUAUCCCGCUUAAGUGGUUGGAAUGUGUGGUGGGGCAGAAUGAAGAAGACCACUAGUGUAAAAGUGCAUUCCUGAGAUUUAUAUUGCCCAGUAUAAGUGUAUAAACACUUUCCCCAUAAAGCAAUUUGUCAGCAUGAUUGGUAACUGGUUUACAUGCAUAGCUUAGUUUUUGUUGAGACAGGUUAUCCUCAGUGGUGCUUUACUCCACAGCCUCUACAAUGGAGUGUAAAGUGCCCCAUUAAGCAUCUGAUCCCAGCAAGGAAUGUUCUGCAGCUCUACAUGAUCUCACUUUCCAAAAAUAAGUAAAAUCUUCCGGAUCUAAAUUAUUCAAGUAUAAUGUUAUAAUUACACACAUACCUUCUCUUUCUCAUCAGACUGGCGUGGUAGUGGCAUUCCUGUUUCUCAUGUUGUCACAGAACAGUGUGGCCGGUCUUUUUACAGGGACAGCUUUUCUUGGACUCUUUCUCAGUAGCGUCUUUCCCAGCAUGUUGGCCUAUACAGAAGACAUCCUAAAUUACAAAGGUAAGCAUUGUGUGUCCGGAACUAAGCAUGAGGAGUCAAGCAGAUUUAGCAUAGUCCAGUAUAAUCUCUUUUAGGUAUGUGCAUGGAUGUCUUGUGUUAUAUAAUAUGGCAGGUGCAAUGGCACUGAGGCCUACCAGAGUUAAGGGGUCAACUCUUGGCCACCCAUAAGAGGAGGUAGUGUAGUGAGCACUCCAGCAUAGGUGAGCUGAGGUGAGAGCACACCCAGGUUUCUUUAUUACUACCAGGCAAGCUCCCAUGUGCAGCAGGAAGAAAUAUAUUCUGAGUCAACUGCUGCCUCCAUCUAGUCCCACCCUGUCUAACUCCAGAAUGUAGACUGUUUUCCUUGUGGAUUAUGGAUAAAGCAAGCGUUUAAGCCUGCUCUGGGUGUAGCCCUGGGUCUACAGCACAGUAAGGAGCCAAGGCCAGCACUACCAUAGGGCGGCACAUGCGGCUGCCUCAGGGAGCUUGGGCUCGGAAGGCGAAGGAUGCGGGUGACCAGCAGGGGGGAAGCACCCCUGCCAGUCUGUGUGCAUCGUGGCCGAGCAUGGGAAAGGAGCUUAUUUCCCUCUACGCAGUCUGACAGGAAGCGCUCACUGAGAGCACAUAAUUGCUUCGUGUCAGACCAAGGAGAAGGAAAAAAGCACUUGACCACGCUGCGCAAAAAGGGGGCAAGGAGAUCUGGCACAUGGAGAGUAGGAAUGAAACAUGGGGGCAGGGGAGGAUAUUAUACACAUGAGGGUGGCUAGAGGCAGUAAGACACAUGAGUGGGGCAAUGAGGCACAUGAGGAGGGCUAGGGGGGCAAUCAGGCAAAUGAGGGGGGCUAGUGACAGUGAGAUACAUGCGGCAAUGAGACACAUGAGGGGGACAAUGAAACACAUAGAGGUGCUGGGCGCAGUGAAACACAUGAGGGAGACUGUGAGGCAGUAAGAUACAUAAGGGGGGUGAGGGAUUCAGACAAAUGGGGAGGCUGGGAGAUUGAGACACCUGGUGGAGGCUAGGGGAUUGAGACACAUGGAGGGGCUGGGUAAUUGAGACACAUGGAGGAGCUGGAGGGGACAUAAAGCAACAUAGAGGGGCUGUGUGAGAAAGAGUCAUGGUGCUGGGGGGAAGAAACACAGAAAUGGGGCUGUGGAGAGUUUAAGACACAAAGGGGCUUGGGAAGGGCAAAAGAGACAGAUGGGGAAGGGGAAAAAGAGACAGACAUGGGCUUGGGGGAAAGAGAGAGACACCUAGAGGGGUUGGGGAACACACAAAGAGACACAGAGGGGCUGGGUAAGGAACAGGAGAGGCAGAGGAUAGGGAAGAGGCAAAAGAGACAGACAGGGGUUGGGGGAACACAGAGACAUGGAGGUGCUGGGGCGAAAAGAGACAAAGUGCUGGAGGAAGAGACACACAGAUGGGUUUGAGAGGGGAGAAAGAGAUACACAAAGGGACUGGAGGAAUAAAGAGACACACAAAGGGGCUAGGGGCAACUAAGACACACAAAGGGGCUGAAGGGAGGUAAGCGACACACAAAUUGGGGGUGAAAUUCGAGAGUGGAACUAAGGGAUACACAUCUGAAGAUACGUUUUUGGGGGGAACGAGGAGGGGAGGGGCUGCAAAAUGCAUAUUUGCCUGUGUAGCCAAAAAUCCUUGCACCAGCCUUGUAAGGAGCCCUCCUCUGUGGUGGGUCAGCCUGCCUGUCAAAAGAAAGAAAUGAAGACUGGCUGGGAAGGGCAGUUAAGGUUGUUUGCUACCUUGAUACUUUCAUAUAUCAAAUUAAUUUAAUUUGUCUACAAAAUUUCAAACUUGUGGUGUGUUUAGUCUGUCAGUCUGCAGAAAUAUGACAGAGCUCAGAAUUUUAGGAGCCCGGCAGAGGAGUAGCAAGGCAAACAGAGGGAGCCGCCACCAGGCGCAGGUUUGAUAACUGAGACAGUCUCUGAUGCCAGUGUAGUCGCAGAGCACGUAUAUGGUCAGGAAGAUGGAGCUCCAGUUUAGCAGCCCAUGCCCAAAAUAUGCCCACUUUUCUAGUUCACCCUGCUCUACUCGGCAACAAUGGGAGAAAGUAAUAUCACAUCUAUAACAAUCUGUAAGUAUGUGUUUAUUUGGGAGUCUAAAUCUGUGUAUAUGUGUUAAUGUGUGUGUGUGUGUUAAUCUGUGUGAGUUUUAAUGUGUUUCUGAAUCUGUGAGUGUGUUAAUAUGUAUAAAGCUGUGAGUCAAAAUAUGUCUAAAUCUGUGAGUAUGUGUUAAUCUGUGAGUUUUAAAUCUGUAAGUGUAUUAAUCUGUAAGUGUGUGUGAAUCUGCGAGUCUGAAUCUGUGUGUCUGAAUUGGUGAGGGUGUAAUCUGUCACUCUAAGUCUUUGUGUGUGUUUGUUUGUGAGAGUGUGGGUGUCUGCAUGAAUCUUUAGUGUGAGUUAAUCAGUGUGUGAAUCUGUCAACCUGAAUCUGUGAGUCUGUGUUUGUGGGAAACAAAGUGCAAGCAAUAUAGACAGAUGAAAUGCAAGUACAUGCCUCUUCCUUAGAAGUACGUCUACAUCAGAGGAUUUCCCUGAAAUAAAAUAAAUUUUUAACUCGUAGGAAUAAAUGCAUUAACCCCCUUCCUCCCACCUUAUUUACUUACACUAACUUUUACAUCCCUUUGUAAAGCCAAUGCAUCCUAUAAACUCCCACUUACUAACUUCUGUCUCAGUGCUGUGUUCGUCCUGGAAACAAACCAGUUUCUCUGUUACAGCUCCAUUCUAUUCUUUGCAUCUCUACGAUCUUUGGAAGCUGCACAUCAUUGCUUUUUUUUCUUUAUCAAUUUCUUUGCACAUCAUUGCUUUAUUCUAGUAUCCUGCAAGGGGAGAAGAGGAGAAGUUUAUAUUACUAAGUUACUAAGUACACUACAGAUAUUCUUUGUCCCUAAAACAGACAAAAAAUAUUAUACAAAAUGUCACAUUCGGUGGCAUUAAUAAGAAUCCGGUUCAUUAUAAAUUCACAUAAGCUUGGCAUUUGACUUGGCAUCUCACAUUUAUUUAUCAGUUUAGCUAACAUCAUCUGUACCUGGCACUGGAAGGUAUAUGGCCCUAUCUGCAAAGUUCCUAGAAAAGUAAUACCAUACAAUCUCUGAAAUAUUUACCUCCCUCUCACAGCAUUAAUGAAUAAAUGAAAAUAUAUAUAUAUGUGUUAGCUAUGAGUAUUACAUUUCAUAUAAAUCCUGCACCGCUUUUUUUUAAUUGCUGCCACUUGAAAGUGAAGGGGUCAAAUUAUUGCUCAUCUACAAAUUGCAACUAAUACAAUGUUUAAAGGAGCAGUAUGAUCAUAUGAUAUUUCUUAUUACCUGAUCUGUCUCGAAAUGCUAUAGUCCUGGAGAUGAUGUAUUGUAAUCAAACUUAUGUAAUGCAUACUCACUUUAUUCCCUUUUCCACAUUUGGUAACAUUUGUGGAAAUUAAUGUGCUAUAGCUUACAGUUUAUCCUUAACCCUUGCUGUAUCCUUCAGGCUGUGCCACCACCCUUCUUGUUACUGCAGCCGGAAUGGGUGAAAUGGUUCUACAGAUCCUUGUGGGAAUGGUAAGAUAAUGCACUUCUUAAAUCUAGAUAUUUAUCCAUACAGAAUAUCCGUGUUAUCACUGCUUUGUACGUUUCCCAUCUGUUUCUUCUCUAUUGUAAGUGAUAGUCAUUGUAGAAGUCUUGACUAACAAUCUGAAUGGCAAUUUGGGGUGAGCUAAGUCACAAAGCCUUGUCACAAACACCAACCUGUUGCAUACCGCCAGUCAAGUCAUUUUCACCCAGCCACAUACCCAGUUAUAUGCCCCCUUUAGAGUCAUGUAAAGCCACCCACCUAGUCACAUUAACCCUACCAGCUGAAUUACAUUAUUACAUUAUUUAUCCACCAACAGAUUCAAAUUCACCUACCAAGCAACCAUUUUCUACAUACAUUAUGCACUGCCUCAUAUAUUCAAGUACACGUAGACCUUUUAAGCUGGUCUAGGAUGUUGGGAAUUGGAAGUGUGUUCCACCAACAUGUCCAAUGAUGUGGCUAAUCAUUACUAGUAAAGAAACUAACUGGAUACAGCCAAACAAGGUACACUAGGAGCAGGGGGGUAUCCCCUAGUAGAAAUGAACAAAAAACUAAAGAGUAGUGUACCAAGAAAUUAUUGGGAGGAGGAAACUUGUGCCUGUACUACAUAAUGACCAAAAAUUAUAUAAGAGUCAAAAGCACGAGUUAAAAAGACCAAAGGUCAAAAAACCAAAAAUAGUUUAUUAGAUUCUAAAUAAUAUAAAAAAAAUAAAAAUAAAAUAAUUUAGCAAAAACCCAAAAGUGCUACCAAUAUACAGAGUGAAAAAAACGAAAAAGAAAUAAACAAAAUGCUGUUAUGAUACAUAUAUCAGUGAGACACAAUACUGAUUUACUUAAGAUACAUGUAUCAACAAGUCUCAGUAUAAUGGAAUGUAUCAAUAAGUCUCGGAGUAAUUAGAUAAGUGUAUCAAAAGAUCAAUCUACUGUGGCAGUGUGAUAAUCUGAAAAGUUAACUCUAAUGUCCUAAAAAUAUAAGAGAAAUUAAGUAGGAGCACACGUCUGUGCUAAUGGGAAGACAUUAGUUAAUGAUAGCCAUACUAGUAAUAGUGGAGUAGAUGGAGUGCAAAAUAAUUAUCGGGGUAGCAUGUAGUGCAAGCAUAUUAUUGCUAGAUACUGCCAAAAGUUGUACAGAAUUAUCUCUACUAGGAGCCAAAAUGUGUAGAGACUAUAGGUCUAGGUAUAUAGUUAUGGCAAGUAAAAUCAAUCCUGCUAAAUAUGACAGUAUAAGUUACGAGCGUAUGAAUAUUUGUAGCUCGUAAAGACUGUCAAUAGUUAUCGGUGUAUAGACUGCAGGUUCUAGCAUGACGUUGUUAUCAAAUAUUCAUAUGCUCGUAGCUUAUACUGUCAUAUUUAGCAGGAUUGAUUUUACUUGCCAUAACUAUAUACCUAGACCUAUAGUCUCUACACCGUCAUUUUGGCUCCUAGUAGAGAUAAUUCUGUACAACUUUGUUUAUUUCUUUUUCUUUUUUCUCUCUGUAUAUUGGUAGCACUUUUGGGUUUUUGCUAAAUUAUUAUUUAUUUUUUUAAAUAUUAUUUAGAAUCUAAUAAACUAUUUUUUGUUUUUUGACAUUUGGUCUUUUUAACUCGUGCUUCUGACUCUUAUAUAAUUUCUGGUCAUUAUGUAGUACAGGCACAAGUUGCCUCCUCCCAAUAAUUUCUUGGUACACUACUCUCUAGUUUUUUGUUAAUCAUUACUAGUCAUCACAUUUCCCUUUAUUUUUAAGGACAAUGUUUCCGAUGAUGCCUUUUAUUGUGAAACGAGUGGGACAUAUAAAAGGAGCAAAUGUGUAAGGGGGAUUGGAGGUUGAGAUGUGGAAAGUGAAGAACAAUUUAGCUACAUGCUUAUACAGCACAGAAAAACCCUGCACUCACAAUACCAACCCAUCAUUGACAUAAUACAUUAUUUAUCAUGUCCAUAAAUGAUCUUGGUGACAAGAAGAUGGCUUAUGGGGGCCCACACUGGAUCCCAUAUUAAUACCAGGAACCUGUAGGUAGUAUCCAUGAUGAAUACCAAGUAACGGUUCUCCAUGUUAAAAUUUGGUUCAAAAGUAAAGUCUGAAGAUUUAAUAGAACCGUUUGAAUACAUUCCAAUAACACGAUACAAAUCAUACUCAUCCUAUCAUAGCACCAGUUCAAUAUAGUGGCUUCUUCUCCCAUGCAGGUGAUCCAGACUGAAGGCAGUUACAGUUUCCUGGUAUGCGGUGUCAGUCUUGCCUCUCUGGCUUUUACAUUGUUCAUUGUACUAAAUGUUUUGGACAGCUUACCACCCAGGGCAUCAAAAGGUAAGAUGACCUGACCCAUCUGCAUCUACUUUUGGCUCACUUUGUCUCUUUUUUUUUUUUUUUACUCACCUGAGGUUUAUAGAGAUCUUUUAAUUUGGUUUAUCUUGACAGCACCAUCUUUAUAGAAAUAUGUGUCAUUUGUUUAGGAAGCUGGUUACUUAAGGGCACAGUUUUGGAUUGUUACCUUGGCUUUAGCUCUGUACUUGUCUCAAGGUUCAAAAUUGUAAUUCUAAUCCUUUCCCACACAUGAUCGACACAGUUGAUAAUCUCCGAAUAUUUGCUAACUUUUGAUGUUGGGUUUCUGGUGUGUAAAAGUAAAUGACCUUCUUGAUUUGGCCAACAAAACGUUUGUGAGACAGGGAGUUGCAAACUCUUUCUUUGUAUUCUGGCAGUCUCGUAGAGGAUUUGCUUAUUAGAAAGUCAAAUAUUUGCAGCCAGUUAAAUCACCGUCACAGCACCGAAGGAACCACUCCCAAAGAAUGGCACGAGGCAGAUGAUUACUUUAAAGUCAAGGUUAACUGGAAUAUAUCACCAAUUUUUAAUACACUAUUUACAUUUUAAAAGUAAAGACUGUGCAAAAAAUCAUAUGGUUAUCGGUGUUCUUACAGGAAAAUUGUGGUAACUGCUUCGGUGAUAGAUCAAUGCAGGAAUGUAAAUAGUAAUAUAAUAGAGUCAUCCUUCAGUAAUCUUUCAGUUCACCCUGGUUUAAACAUGUUUUUUUGUUUUAUGUCAAGCUGUUAAUUACUAAUCUAGUACAAACACGAGGUUGGUGUAGCCAAUGAUGGCUUUUUGGGACUGUUUGCUCAACACACGCAGCCGAUCCACCAAUCCAUGCGAUCUGGGUUUGAUUGAUUUGGAAAUGCAUUAUGUCAAUUUCUCAUUAUUACUAUUGCUGGAGGAUGUUGGCUGUGGGUGAUGGGGAUAGCACUCAUUUCUGUCAAACUCAAAAAUUGUUUGACUAAGAACCGAGCUAUGGUGCCCAUAUCCUCCUGGCAUGUUUAGCGCUACACUGAGUUGUAGUGGUUAUAGAGUGCCUCUAUAAGGGGAUGUUAAAUCCUUUUUUAAAUUAUUUAGUAAUGAAAGCAUAAAAAAAUUGUACAAAAUAAAGUGCCAAUUUUUUUUUCAAAAUAGAUUUUAAAAAAUAAUAAUAAUAAGGUAAAGUUAAAGGGACACUGUAGGAACCCAGACCACUUCAGCUAAUUGAAGUGGUCUGGAUGCAGUGUCCCAUUUGGACUUAGUGCUGCAAUUUUAAACAUUGCAGAUCUAAGUCAGCCUCCAGUGGCUGUCAACCAGAUAGCCACUAGAGGGCUUCGUGGAUCUUUGGUCCGAUAUCUGACACUGGACGUCACAUCCAGCAUCAGACUUUUUCCCAUAGGAAAGCAAUGAUUUUCUAUGGGAGGACUUAUACGCGCGCAGGACGUUGGAGGGGGCAGUGCGUCUACCCAGUGCCGAGGGACAUCAGCGCUGGGAUAACGUAAGUAAGGUUUGGAGAGAGGGAGAAGGCAGAGGGAGCUAUAGUACCAGGAAUACAGCUUUGUAUUCCUGGAACUUAUAGUAUCCCUUUAAUGACCCACAGUAAAGUAUAUUAGAAAGAAAGGUACAAAUUGGUCAUAAAAUGUGAUCUGAUCAUCAUCUAAGUCACAACAAUAGACAAUCACAGUCUGCUUAAACUAAUAACACACAAAGAAUGAAAUGUUGCCAUGUUUUUAUUGAACACACCAUGUAAACAUUCACAGUGCAGGUGGAAAAAGUAUGUGAGCCCCUAGACUAAUGACAUCUCCAAGAGCUAAUUGGAGUGAGAUGUCAGCCAACUGGAGUCCAAUCAAUGAGAUGAGAUUGGAGGUGUUGGUUACAGCUGCCCUGCCCUAUAAAAAACACACACCAGUUCUGGGUUUGCUUUUCACAAGAAGCAUUGCCUGAUGUGAAUGAUGCCUCGCACAAAAGAGCUCUCAGAAGACCUACGAUUAAGAAUUGUUGACUUGCAUAAAGCUGGAAAAGGUUAUAAAAGUAUCUCCAAAAGCCUUGCUGUUCAUCAGUCCACAGUAAGACAAAUUGUCUAUAAAUGGAGAAAGAUCAGCACUGCUGCUACUCUCCCUAGGAGUGGCCGUCCUGUAAAGAUGACUGCAAGAGCACAGCGCAGACUGCUCAAUGAGGUGAAGAAGAAUCCUAGAGUGUCAGCUAAAGACUUACAAAAGUCACUGGCAAAUGCUAACAUCCCUGUUAGCGAAUCUACAAUACGUAAAACACUAAACAAGAAUGGAUUUCAUGGGAGGAUACCACAGAGGAAGCCACUGCUGUCCAAACAAAACAUUGCUGCACGUUUACAGUUUGCACAAGAGCAACUGGAUGUUCCACAGCAGUACUGGCAAAAUAUUCUGUGGACAAAUGAAAGAAAAGUUGAGUUGUUUAGAAGAAACACACAACACUAUGUGUGGCGAAAAAAAAGGCACAGCACACCAACAUCAAAACCUCAUCCCAACUGUGAAGUAUGGUGGUGGGGGCAACAUGGUUUGGGGCUGCUUUGCUGCGUCAGGGCCUGGACGGAUUGCUAUCAUCGAAGGAAAAAUGAAUUCCCAAGUUUAUCAAGACAUUUUGCAGAACUUAAGGCCAUCUGUCUACCAGCUGAAGCUCAACAAAAGAUGGGUGUUGCAACAGGACAAUGACCCAAAGCAUAGAAGUAAAUCAACAACAUAAUGGCUUAAACAGAAGAAAAUACGCCUUCUGAAGUGGCCCAGUCAGAGUCCUGACCUAAACCCGAUUGAGAUGCUGUGGCAUGACCUCAAGAAAGCGAUUCACACCAGACAUCCCAAGAAUAUUGCUGAACUGAAACAGUUCUGUAAAGAGGAAUGGUCAAGAAUUACUCCUGACCGUUGUGCACGUCUGAUCUGCAACUACAGGAAACAUUUGGUUGAAGUUAUUGCUGCCAAAGAAGGUUCAACCAGUUAUUAAAUCCAAGGGUUCACAUACUUUUUCCACCUGCACUGUGAAUGUUUACAUGGUGUGUUCAAUAAAAACAUGGCAACAUUUCCUUCUUUGUGUGUUAUUAGUUUAAGCAGACUGUGAUUGUCUAUUGUUGUGACUUAGAUGAUGAUCAGAUCACAUUUUAUGACCAAUUUGUGCAGAAAUCCAUAUCAUUCCAAAGGGUUCACAUACUUUUUCUUGCAACUGUAUAUAUAUAUAUAUAUAUAUAUAUAUAUAUAUAGAUAGAUAGAUAGAUAGCUAGAAACAUAAAUGAAAAUAUGCAAGAAUAUAUUUUCGUGUAUGUUUCUGCAUUGAUAAUAUGUUACAUAAUAUACUCAAGCACGGUUAUUUACUAAAGUGAGAAUUCAAGAUAGAUUCAAAGUGAAUUUCAAAUUUAAGUUCAAAAUAGCUGAAAUCAAAAAUAUAUCUGAAUAUUUUAGAAGUUAGCUGUGCUUUCAGUUUGGCUACUCUUGCCUUAAGUUUUAAAUUCACUUUGAAUUCUCACUUUAAUAAAUAAUCCUGACUGUUUCUAGAAUAGUUAUCUGUGAGAAGCACAAACUGGGCUGUGGGUCAGCUUAACUAAGGGAGCAAGUUUUGUUAUGUAUUAUGUAACCUAGACAAGGGAUAGGCAACCUUCGGCACUCCAGAUGUUUUGGACUACACCUACCAUGACGCUUUGCCAGCAUUAUAGCUGUAAAAGCAUUGUGGGAGAUGUAGGCCACAACAUCUGGAGUGCCAAAGGUUGCCUACCCCUGAGUCCUAGACAUUCCCUUUAAAGACAUAUUUCCCUUCUCUUCUUGCUUGCCAGCUCACUGUUUACCACUCCUCUUUGGAACCUGCAAGGUCCUUUCAUUUUCCCCUGAUGAGCUUUUGACAGUAGAUUUCCAGAUGAUUCUAUUAUGCAGUAAUUUGCGUCCUUUCUUUCUUCAGACACUACAUGUAAAACCCCAGAGCUUGGCAGAGAAGCUGAUCCAUACCAGCGCUAG